CUCGGUCUCUGUCUCUGUUUCAGACACUUCAUUUGUGUUCAGCAUCUCAGCCACGGACAGCAACUGUGGUUCGAGGUUUCUUCUCUUCAGCAACAAGUGACCCUCCCCGUCAGGUUCUACUUUUUCUAUUUGUGAUACUGUAACUUCUCUCAGAUGAUCCAUCUGUCUGUCACGUAAGGCUGUUUAAUGACCAGCACUGCAGCCACAUCAUGAGCCUACGAAAACUGGGUGAGUACUGUGUUUCUGUGUAAACAUAUGUGUGUAUGUAGCAGCUGCACUUUGUUUAGAUUUUCACAUAUUUUCCGAGCCAAUGUUUGAGCAUUUGGGUUUACCAGCACUUUUAAUCUACUGUUUCUGCAGUUGAUCAAGAGUUGAUCCAAGUUUAUCCAUUUAUUUAUCUCACCGCCACAUAAAUUAAGUGAGGUCUUCUAUGAAAAGGAAAAAAACAACAACAUUGUGCUUUUUGGCAAUAACAGAAACAGAAGACUACAGUCUGCACUAAAAGAUGUUUACGUUUUGAUGGCUGUUAAAACCAUGGGAUACCCAGUAAAUGAUAAUAUGCACAGUAUGUCCUUAUACUUACAGACCUCUAUCAGAGUUCAACUCUAAUAGAGGUCUGUAAGGCUCCUCACACUCUAGACUUAAAAAAGCUCUUCAAAAAAGUUUGAAAUGCGACGCUUUUAAAGUUCCCCUUUUAACUUGCAAAUUAGAGUUGAAAUAACUCGAGAUGAUUCAACCUGUAAAUCUGCAAGCACAUACUUUUUAUUGUUAGUAUCAGCUUCACUCCCAGAAUGGGCCUUCUGCACUUAAAGGUAAAAAAUUGUUGACAUAAAAAUGAAUUCCAUUAAACAAAAGUCAUUUAAAAAUGUCAAACUCAAGACAAAAUGUCCUCUAUAAGGUUCAUCAAAUGCCUUUAGGUAGCCGUUUGCCUGUCUUGGUAAAGUAUAAGAUGUUCAUCCAUGGUGAUGUAGAAGCUGUCAGUUUUUCUUCCUACAGCAGAGAGGUGUGGGUGGCAACUUUGCUGAUUGCAGAUAUGCUCCUCUAGACUGCAGCUUGGCUGAAGUUGACUUUAAAAAAAAGACAAGAAUAAUGUGCAAAAAUAGAGACAGCUAGAUCGGUCAUUGCUCAAAAUUCCCCUCACUGGCUGGUGCGAGUUUGGAAUGUCUGCUGAGACUAAAUUUCUUUUACGGUACUUUUUUCAUCUAUUAGGAGACACUGAGCAAGAACAUCCUUUUUUUUUUCAAAUCUUUUGAAACCUGUCAGAAAAAUCUUGAACUUUACAGAUAAAUGGCCAAACGCAUGGACCAACACAAUGCUUAUGAACUACACAAUGACCAUUUCUUCUUUUUUCAACUGUUCCCCUUUAAAGGUUUCAAGUGGUUUGGCAGCCUCACCAACCUCACUUUCCGCCGCUCCACUGAGAAAUCAGACUCAAGGUCCAAGUCAGGAGCUGGAGCUGGAUCUGAAACCGGAGAUGGCAUGGACUGUGGCCCUAUCGCCACGUCGGCCUUGGCUACAGUUGUUGAGACAACAGUGGAUGACAUGGAUGGGAUGCGUCCUCGCACCUCCAGCUAUGUUCGCUCCAGUGAGAGCUACACUCACAUGGGGACUCUGCCACGGCUUCUGAUGAGGAGGAAGGACAAGAGCUGUAAAGGUGGAGGAGCACAAGUUUUGAACAAUACUUAAACAGUGCACAUAAAUCAUGUCAGUUAACAGAGGCAAAACUACGGUGGCCCUGAAGUGCAAAACACAACAUUUUGCAAAACAUGACAUUUCACAAAACACAACAACAAUUUCAAGACACAAAACAUUUUGCAAAACACAAAAACAUUUCAGAAAACACAAAAACAUUUUGAAAACACAAAAACAUUUCAGAGAACACAAAAACAGUUCAGAAAACACAACAUUUUGAAGACACACAAAUAUUUCGAUAACCCAAAAACAUUUUGCAAAACACAAAAAACAUUUUGAAACACAACAACACAUGUACAAAACCUGUUUUGGGAAAUGUUUUUGUGUUUUCCAAAAUGUUGUUGUGUUUUCAAAAAAUUUUUUUUGUGUUUUGCAAAAUGUUUUUGUGUUUUUGAAAUGUUUUAGUUUUUUCCAAAAUGUUGUGUUUACAAAAUGUUUUUGUGUUUUCCUGAAAUGUUGUUGUGUUUUCUUAAUGUUGUUGUGUUUCGCGAAAUGUUGUUGUGUUUUCAAAAUGUCGUUGUGUUUUGGAAAAUGUUUUUGUGUUUUGCAAAAUGUUUUUGUGUUUUGGAAAUGUUGUGUUUUGUGAAAUGUCAUCGUGUUUUGCAAAAUGAUGUUGUGUUUUGCACUUCAGGGCCACCAUACAUAACCUUUAUUCUCUGACUUUUUUUCCAGAUGGUUCCGGCAGCAAUAAGAAAGGUAAAGGCAAGAGCAGCAUCAGCAGAAGUCAGAGCCAGCGACCAGCACAGCAAACUUGUUUAAAAGCCACCUCACCCAUGGAGACUCAUGAUAAAGCUCAAGUUACAGCUUCAGAAGUCAGCCAAGGGUCCCACUGUGAUCUUCAGACCCUGCCUGAAGCUACAAGAGAAACUGACAUCCCUAUCACCACAAACAUCAUCCCUGGGCCCGAAGAAAGAAGGGAAGAUUUGUCGCCAUCUGGUGGUUCAGGUGCUGCACUUAAACAAGAGGCUUGUGAUGAGCAAGGGGUCAACCAGGCAGCUCCUCAGCCGAACCCCCAAGAUUCUUCAUCACCUCUACUCAGCCGGGAGUCCAGACCGAUUCCUGAGCCAAAGGCAGAGGCAAAGAGACCAGAGCUGACAGAAUGUGCAGAUGAAGAAAACCAAAACUCUGACAGCAUGAGCAGGUAAACAAAUAAAUGAUCUUUGGGUUUAUUACUCAGCUAAUUCCUAUUAUGAUUUAAUUAAUCAAAAAGGUCUCCUUCUUUUACUGUUUUAAACUGAAAAUCAAAGAGUCCCAUUGCCAUUUCACUUUUCUGCUUCUCAAUACAAAGUGGGAUGAUCCUGUCCUGUUUUUGCCUCCAGAUCACUUAAAUCAAUUCUCAUUUUGGUUGGACAAGUUAAUUUUUCUAGAUUGUAAAAUUCUGCCAGCAAAGACAGUAGCCAGUAAUGGUCACUGAAUCUACAAAUCACAGUAACAUCAGAGGAAAUAGAGAAAAUUAAAGUAGCAAACCUGGGAUUUAACAUUACUUGGACUGACUGAGCUAAACCAGCAUCCAUUCCUCACCCCUUUCUCUUCUUGUAUUACGGUGGAUGGCAACCAACGCUAGAGGUGCAUUACCGCCACCCACCAUGUAGGAGUGUGAGCCAGAGGUGCCUAGCAGUGGAAAAAAAGGUAGUUUUGUCUGACAAAAAUGAUUCCAGAGAGUGAAAUUCAAUGAGUGAUUCGUUCACCAAGUGAUUCAGGCGUCUGUGCAUUUGGUCCCUCGUUCGCCAGCUGCUGGCCUGACAAUGCUGUUUCUCAAUUCAGCUCAACUAAAGUGAGAAACAAACGAAUCACUCGAGGAAGUGAUUCGGUUCAGUACGUCCACUCAAAAGAUUCGGUUCUUUUGAAUGAAUCGUUCGCGAACGACGCAACACUAUCACCGUGGAAGUUGCAUAGUUCAGCGGUUGUAGGCCUCUCGACCUCACUGUGGACAGGAAUAUGAGAUGAUUGGUGUGAGGUGAGGCUAUAACAGGAUUCAUUAGGUCACUUUUUAAAGGCGGCUUGUUACAUCGAUUACUUGUAUUGAUUGGAUGAUUCUGGAAAACCGCUGCACUGUAGGUAUGAUGGGUUUUGGUAGGCCUUUUUGUGCUUUUGGGCGCCUGUCAUAACUCUGCAGGCCUAGUUGGUAUAUCAAGAAAGUCUCAACUUUUUUUCUGAGAGUGAGGAAAAAUGUGCCCCCUUCCUCCUCCUCCUCCUCUCAGUCGAGCAGAUUGCUUUUUCUCACUGCUUUCCCAUGACAUGCCAAGGUCUCUGCCUUCAACAUCCCAUAUGCAUGAUAGCAGAGUGCGUGUAUCGUGUUACUGCUGGAUUUACACACUGCGUGUACGUACGUGCAUACGUGUGAGCAGGCAUGUGCGAGCGUGCAGCAUCAGCCCAUUAGUUCAGCUCAGGGACCGUGGGAAAUCUAACAGUAUGGUGUGGAGCAGGUCCAGUAUGUUCACAUCAAAGAGCUGUCUCUGCUCUCUGCCCGUCUGUUCAGCUCUAAAUCACAGGUCCCGCAGCCCCUCACACUCACACUCUCUGUCCAUUUCCCUCCACUGCUCGAUCUGUCCAAAGUACAGCUCUUCACUUCGGUGCUUGAAAACCAAUUUUCUGUUUAUUCUCACACAGUUUGGAUGGUGCCUGUGGGUGGCUGGUAAGUUUUGAAUCUUACAUGAAAAGCUGUCAUGGUGUUUUAGAGACAGUCAGCCAAGUGAGUGAAACUAUGGGUUUUGUUCUUCAGCCUUAUGGCCUCUGGAGGAGCAUAGCAUGUCAUGUAGCUACCACUAUAUUUUUUAUUUUAUAGACAUUUAAAUAAAGCACUUAAGUAUGAAACUGAGCAGCAAUAUCCAAGACAUGUCAAGUGUAAUGCUAAGUAAAGAAGAAGCUGAAUUAUACAUUAUUAGCUGUAAGGUGCUUUGAGAUUUCUAAGUGUUCAAAAUCACACAGUUUAGGGUUUCAUUGUAGCUUAUGUAGGCCUUCUUUGUAAUUUAGUAGUAGUAGUAGUUGUUGUUUAUUCAGUCAUGACAACACUAAAUAUUGUACACAAUAUUGACAUUUCACGCAAAAUCACUAAAUCAAGAAUCGUUUUUGAAUAUUGACUGAAAAGGGAAGGCAGAAGCAGAUUGUUUAUAAAAGCCUAUCCUGUGUUGUCAACUUUUUUUAGGCUACCGACCUCAAGAAAAGCAAAGAAACCACAACAACAGAUUAAUAAUUUAUUUGUCAUCUGGAUUUACUCUGAUGCUUAAAUUCUGUGCUCAGCAUUUGCAAGUAAUGGAGCGAUCCUUUUGGCUUUUAUUUUGAAAAAUUCAAUGUAUCACUUCCGCCUGAUGUCUUAACCUUUGGUUGUCUUACCUAAAAGAGGAAUUAUGGGCCCUAUGCACAGCUCCACUACUUCUUGAACUUGAGGCAGCUCCUUUAUUUCCUGUCUUACAUUAUUGGACAAACAGGUUAAUCCAGGUGUGACUGAUCAUUCUGACCGAUCAGUUGUGGAUUGGUGAAUAGAGACCAUAACACAAGAAAAGUGUUUUAUGGCCCUGUGAAGGAGGGGUUUGACUUCAUUGUCGAAACAAAAGUGUGUAAUAACUCUAACAACUGUAGCGGCACAAACAAAUAUUUUUACAGCACAAAUGAACGGCACCAUUUUCUAUUAGGAGCUAAAGGGGCACUGGGUGACGUCAUUGCCAAAAAAUAAAGUGUGUGUUAAAUUACAAACUGUAGCAGCACAAAUGAAUUUUUUACGGCACAAACCAGCACAAACGAAGCUCAUUCGAACAGCACCAUUUGGGGUUCAUUUGGAGCUAAUGGGGGGCUGGGUGACGUCAUUGCCAAAAAAUAAAGUGUGUGUUAAAUUACAAACUGUAGCAGCACAAAUGAAAAUUUUUACGGCACAAACCAGCACAAACGAAACAGACUAUUUCCCAAAGUUUUGUGUGCGGUGGGAGGCCAACUUCAUGUAGGUGAGACAGGAAAUAAAGGAGCUGAGUUCAGGAAGUAGUGGAGCUGUGCAUAGAGCUCAUUAAAGGAAUAUGAAAAGUCGAAAAAUUGGUGCUUCAUUUUCUGUCUUUGCUUCAGUAAAACAGGAAAAACAAAUUGGACCCAUUUUUUGUUUGAUUUUCAGUUUAAUAUGGUAAAAGGAGGAGGCCUCUUGAUUCAAUAUCCAAAAUCUUGUAAGUAGAAAAAGCAAAGUCAAAGAUGAAAAAUGGGCCAAAGGUGCUUUGAUUUUGAUCUGAAUAGCAGAUCAUCCAAAGCUACCCUGAUCCACAUGGUUUAGCUCACUAAGUAGUUCUUUUUGUUGCUGGAGAAGUGCAGGACAGAAACUCAUGAGAGGCCUUGUGUCAAACUUACCAGUCUUGCUCCAGUGGUCUUGUCCUGCAGUUGAUUCUGAGCGUUAGAAGUCCUAAGUUACUGAUUUGUCUAGCUAUGGCCUCCACUGACUUAAACUUCAUACACAUUUGCUCCUCUUCAGUACAAGAGAUAAGAGCUGCUUGGGAUUCAAGAAAAAUGUAAUAUAAAUGCAAUACACACCACCGAUCAACAGGUAGCAGUAGAGGGUUCACUUCCUUCAAUUAGGACUAAAGUGAUGCUUGCAGUGUUGCAGUACAUCCCAGAAACCAUGCAGGAGCAAGUUGAUUGACUCUUAAAUUUAACUGAAUUCACAACUGUAACAUCUGUUCUUCUACUUUGUUUGUAAUGUGUGUAGUUUUGGUUUUUGUCCAAACCUUUCUGCUAACAAUUGCUCUGUCCUCUUUUGAUUUGCUUUGGUUGUACAGUUCCCUGUACUCAUCCACUAUUGCAAAUAAUGGUUAUUUCUUUGGAGGCGUAAUAUAAGAUUUUAAUAAGGGUUGGAGAAAUAUUUUUAGAUCAUGAACAAUCAAAUGCUUGGUUUUUGUUAUACUAUAUUGCUGUGAGGCCCUUCCCAGUCGUUGUCUGGUGUCCCCUUUGUUUUUAAAGCCUCUUAUGUACUUGCUUGUGCAGUUUAGUCACACUCUGCUCUGGAUAAAUGCUGAUGUUAUCGCUGCAAAUUAUGGAGGUAAAUUUUUCCCAUUUGUACAACCUUUUAUUUUCCUUCAAACACCAGCUUGGUCUCAGCUUGGGAGGGGAUUGUAAAGCUCCUCUUGUGAGACCUAUUAACAUUCCCGAGCCCGCUGACUGCCAUGUUGGCACCCUUUGAUCCAGCCUCUCUGUGGUCAUGAGUAACAAGCAUUUGCUCUGGGCCCUAUGAGACCCAUCAUGCAAUUGGGAUCUGCGCUGAUUGAUCUUUUAACUUGUCUGGGAGUGUAAUAGCCCCCUUUAGCUCACGCCUGCUCUGUAUCACAACCCUGCACAGCUCUAUAGGGCUCCCAAGACUGCAGCACAGUGGGAGUCUCUGACACAUGAUCCGGAUCCAUCAGGAGUGUAAAAGCGUGAGUUAUGGCGCCCAGGAGAUUUGUGAGGCCAGUUUCAUAUUUUGCAACCUUAGACGCUCAGUGGGGUUUGUUAUCUGCCUGUUUUCCAUGAAGCUCAACUGCUGCAAUAACAUUUUACUCAAGAAGAGGCUGCUGUAGAAAAGGGGUCAUGGGAAUACAGGCAUGUUUUUUUCCAUGUUAAGACACGCAGCGCACCUGUUACCACAUGAAAUACAAAAAGGCCUUUCAAUCGAGGUUUACCACCACUUUUCUGUUAUUGCAUUUGUUAACAUUCCCCAUCUUUCAUCUCUUUUUUUUCCUGUUUUCUUUUUCUUUUAGUCACAUGGAGCCAGCAGAAAGUCAGGCUGAAUACGUCCAGGUAAGUCUGCUUCGUGUCUUAAUCUGCUCCUAAACUAGUCUCUUUAAAUGUGUGGAUGUAUACAGCUAAUAAAUUCAACACUGUAUUUCUUUACUCUUAUAUAUAACUGUGAUUUCAAAUAUGAUCUUUUAUUUUCACCAUUCAUAAGCAGCUAUGUUUGAUUUUUCACCUCUUUUGAAUUUUUGAAUGAGGCUCUCUUUACAUAAACUCUUCAGUCACAAGCGGUUGUGCUCGAUUCAGCAAACCCACCCUGCAUUUAGCCUUGUGCAGUCUACCAUUUAGCUAAUUACAUUUGGAGUACAACAAUGCUAAAGUCAGCAUUGUGCAGCUACAGCGUGCAGUUUGUGCCGCAGCCAGCAGAUGGGACUCUACUCAUGAGUUGUGAUCUUCUGGAAUACUUCAGAGCUGUCAGUGUGAGACAGGAUGCUUACUAAAUCUUUGAGAUGCAGGAUAGGAUUUAUGCUUCCUGUGAACCACUAUCACUAAUUUAUGCAGAUAGUGGACAUUAAACUGAGAGCAGAGGGCGAAGUUGGAGCGAGAAAAUAGAGACAGGAGAAGAAAAGUCUGGAGUGAACUGCUGAGCUCUUGGGAUCUGCUUUUCUAUUGAUUAUACAUCAGAGACAAGGUGGUAAAAGCCUUCUCCUAUGACCCUGACUGGGGCUGCUUUUGUAAAACAAACAUUUCCCACUACAACAAACUGACUACAGUUAAAUCCCAGCCUGCUCUUUAGGGUUUUGAAUCCUGAGUGGGGGUCAGAUAGCGGUGUAUGGGUACUAUACUUGAUUUUGUCUGCUUUUAUCGUAUGAAUCUCAGCUGCAGUCACUAAAAUAAUCAGAGUUUCUGCUUCUAGUGAAAGGAAGACCAAUUCCUAGUUGAGGAUAAUGGUUUCCUUUAAAGUUCUGAUUAUGCUGAUGGAAAUAUAACUUACACUUCUAGCAAAGGAAGGAAGUUAUAAAGGAGGUCAGUUCAUUUCCUCCAAAACAGAUUCUUUUAUAAGCGGUAAUGUAUAGUGAGCUCAGUGUUGGGGGUUCUGUCUCAUAUUGUCAGGAUUUUAUUUUGCAUAACCACCUGCUCCUCCAUACAUCAAUAUUUUGUUCUUUUUUUCCUGCUUCUUCUUCUUCUUCUUCUUGUUUUUUCUUCUGCUUCUUGUUAUUAUAACAAUAAUAAUUAUUAUUAUUAUUUUGACAUUUUUGCUGUCUUGCAUUUCGGUCGCUUUAUCCUACACUGUAAAACUAAGAUUUUAUCUCAAAGUUUACUACUACUGGAAGUGCAAGUUAUAGAUCUGGUGAAAAAGAAAACAGUUAAAUCAGCAGUAAGGAAGUUCACAAUACAUAUUGAAAAGCUGGUUUUCGAGAGUGCUUGAUCUUCAGGUAAGUUGCAAACAGUCUACUGCUUAGCAAAUUGUGGAGCAGAAUUUUGAAAAAGCGUAUCGGUGAUGCUGACUCAACCCAACUCAAGGUCAACCUGGCACAAGUGGGCCUUUAGCUUCCUCACAAACAUCUUCAGCGCUAAUAAAGAAUGACUUUCACCGAAUAUUUAUUUGCCAGUUUGGAACAAAACAAAGUAUCAGUGCUGCCUCGGCCACUCUGGUUGUCCCUUGUAUCGCUCUUGAUCCUACGCUGUGGGGAAACAUUACUUAACCUGUCAAACCAUUUUGGAAUAAUAUUUAACAAAGUCCUGCUAUCAUUAGUUUAUUCUUUGAUCAUGGUGUUCAUGUACAAACAAGGCAUUUCAUGAUGAAUUCUAUCUGUAUGAGAAAAGCUUCCAUUUUUGAUGUAACAGGAGAUGGCACUGGUACUUACAGAGACUUGCCCUGAAACUUGCACUUAAUAAUGUCCCACACGCAAACACAAACUGUCGCCUGACUUCAUUUUGUGUUUCAGUUUUAAUUAAGCUCAACAUUUGCAGCUGAGUGCCUCCAACAUGUCAUUUCUUACAUUUCAUGCAUUUAUCAUUAUGUGCACUCUCAGUUAGCAAGAAGUAGGCCUUCUGUUUCCUGCUUUACAUCUCAAAUCAACUCCUCAUUUCACUUCAAUAUUUGUUGUUUCCUUCCUUUUACCGUUCACCCGCCAAAACAGCCCAUCCCACCACCACCACCACCACCACUCACCGCUCCACCCGCCCUCCCCCUGAAAGCUCCCGGCAGUCCCUCCAUCUCCUCCCAUGUCCCUGAAACAUUUAUGACAGCUGAUGUUUAAAUCAGGAGUUGGCCUUAGUGUUCCCUGUUAUAACGGAGGAGACCACGGGGCCAGGGACUCUGCCCCCGCUGUGUCACAUACGCGCCGCACACACACAUAUGUGCGAUGUAUUCACUCACAUAAACACAAACAAACAAAACACGAAGGAGACAAAGUAAGACAGAGGUCAAUCAUUAUCUUUACAUUAAAGGAACGUAAGUAAUCUGAAGGAAAUGCCCCAAAGCAUAUCGAACCAGCUAUCCAUCUUUAUGGCUUUAUCAUUAAAUAUCCAUCAUCAUUUAUCUUUAAUGCGGACGCACGGCUGGUCAAACAAUAUCCUGUUGUUGUUGUUUUUGUGACUUUCAGUGAAAAAUGUACAAAAACAAUUUUGAAACGGUUGGCAUUUGCAAAAGUAGGUCUGACAAUGCUGUGGUAGCAGAAUCUGUGAGCUUGUUUUUAGAUAUGUGGGUUUGUGAGACAUGCGGCCUUUUUGUGGUGUCUUAACCUACGAAUGUGUGCGUUUGUUUUAGCCUCCAGCCUGGUUUUGUUUACUGUCCUAUAUACUGAUCUAGUGACACUUUGACAUGGGAGGAGGGUGAAAUGAUUCAGUUGAGGCUAGGUUUAUUAACAUACGUCUGACACACUUGUGCUCUAUAAAAUGUGUGUGUGUGUGUGGGUGGGUGUGUGUGUGUGUGGGAAGGGGCUCAGCUGUGCGUCUGUGCGUUAGUGUGUGUUUGAUUACGGAAAUGGUUUGAAUUUCCAAAAUCUGUAUGUGUCUGUGUGCCGCCUGAUUAAAUCAAGGCAGUGCCCUGUGGGUGCGUGUAAAUGUGUGUGUGUGUGCGUUUGUGUGACUAUUACAGUGGAUUGAAUUAAUGUGGCGCCUCUCUAAAUGAGAGGGGGUGUAAACUGUCAGGGCUGGCCCACAGUAACAGUCUGUACUUGCUGUUGCUUUAUGGAAGACACAAUGACAAAGACUCAGAGCGCAGACACAAAAAUGUAUCAUCUACUCUUUGAUAUGAAGGACAUGUAUCUACUAGGUAAGAUUUGACUCGAGUUGGACUGAGAAGAGGCAAUUAAAAAUAACAAAGCAAUGAAAUCUGUAUAGUGUUUUAUCUUCAGGGGUGAGAUUUGUUAUUAAUGAACCUCUAGAUUUUAAUAUGUGCAGUUAUAGCACUCACCUGUGAAAAGUGACAAAGCCAAUUUACGCAAAGAUUGUUCAACAGCAACAUAAAGCUUUGCCAUUACCCCACCUUACUAAUUCAAACAGAGCUGUCAUGUUAGAGUUAUUUAAGGGCGGCUCAAUUACUGCGAAAAUUAAAUGCUCAGUUAUUUGGAUUAAUAUUGAUGUCAAUUACCCGUGUUUUGACAUCUGCAUCACAUGCAUUUAGGCUAUGUAAAACUGAAACAAUUUGAGCUCUUUUACUGCUUGUAUUUAAUCAGAGGCUUUAAUCACAGAUCUAAUAAAUCAUCCAGUCCUCUCUCGUUUUUUUAUAACAUCCUUUUAUGACGUUGAGACUCAGGCUUGCACUUUAUGAUUUUGAAUGAUGUCUCUCACUUUUUCACCUGUCAGCCGUUUGCUUGUUAGCUCUCCCACUGAACAUUUUUUGGUCUAAGAGAGGUGGAAUAGACGUCUUAAUGUAGCCUAGAUGACUGGUCUAGUUAUUGAAAAAUGGGUUAAAGUGCAACAUCUAAAUUCCGUCUAAAAAUAUACAGAAUCUAGACGAUUGAAAUUAGGUCUAAAAAAGAAAAAACUAGACAUCUAAUAGCCGUCUAUUGCUCAGUGGGCUCUCAUGAUUGCUUCGGCCUCUCUCUUGUUGUGCUCAUUCUGUCUCUUGGCUUUUCAGACACACAUAAAACACUCCUGCUUCCUUUUGUUCCUCUCCCCGCUCUCCUCUCUCCGUCUGUGGCAGCCUGAAAGUUUGCACCACCCUCUGCAGGGUGGAACCAUAGACUGUAUAUAGAAUGGACGCUGUCUUCCUCCUUGCUGGGUGAAGCCACUCCGAGAACAGCACCCUCUGGUGACAGGCUGUAGUAUAGGUCAUAAAUCCCGCCUCUGCCAGCAAAGCUUAUGGAGCUGUGGACAAACUUUAGAAAUUAAUUGCACAGAAUAUAAAUGUUUCUCACCCCGUUGUGAUGUUGACUUGACUUGAUACAGCCUAUAGGCGUACGAAGAUUGCUUAGCUCACCCGGGGGAUACACUGUUUGAGCUGAGCGUCAUCACAGCGACUCUCCCGCCGAAUGCGUACAAUGCUACUGCUCAAUGUUGGUUUCAGGAAACAGAAAAGAAUCACGGAAAUACAGAGAGCUUUUCAGCUUUAAAUCCGUAUACUGGUGGAAGGUGGAACCAAGUUGUCCAUGAUAUAUACAGUCUAUGGGUAGAACGCAGACAUCUCACCAUCACAGUUUGUUUGCACUUGGUCGCUUUGCCUCCUUUCAGUUUCAAGGACAAAAUAUCUCACUCACUGAGGCUGCCAUUGUUAAGAGAUAACCAAUGAUAUUUACUCACAUAUCAAUGGUCGUAACUCGGCUGGUCAGUCAAUGUUUUGGCUUAAGAUUGCAAUAUACUGGCCGUACAAUGGGGGUCAAGAAUGUUUGCAAAAGAUUUUAACUUACUUACUGUGAAAACUUCAUCCCAGUAAUUUAACUAUUCAGAAGACAAAAAAUUGGUAGUUAUAAAGAAAUUUUAGUCCAAACCCGUCAUAAAAUACUGAGGAGAAAUGUGAGUAUAAGGUGAGAAGUUAAAAAAGUCUUCAAAUCUUUAAAAAAGGAACAAUGAUUUAGCAAAGAGGAGCAGUACAGUUGACUGAUUGACACUUUUCUGGAUGUCUACCUCUCAAUCAACAUGGCUGAGAGUCUGAUAGAAAAGCUCUUAUCUUAACUGAAUAGCUUUUGUAUCCUCAGGUGUUUCUGGUGUUUUGUCCCUGCUUUUCAAGGUCAGCAUGCUGGGGCCACAAAGCUGUACACAAUGUAGAGAAUAAUGACACAUUGAUUUCUCUAAGACUGCUUUAUUCCUGCUGAAGAUGUGCCUAGUUACUACAGCAACACAUUUGUCCAAGGUUAAGUCAUUUUAAUGCGAUUAAAGCAGGAGGGCUGAUUUUUAAUUCCACCACUUCACACCUAAAUGAAUCAUUUUUACACGUCCGUGGGGACAGAAUGACGGCCUUUCUCCAGCAGGGCUUCUUCUCUUCGCCGCUGAUGUUUCAACAGGCGCUGAGACGCAUAUCUGCAGGUUCGAUACGGAUUAACCAGCCGGUGAAAAGGGUCUGCCCUGUGAAAACACCCUGAUGACAAUCACACACAGAUCAUUAGCAGUAGCCCCCCAACCCACAGUGGGGCCUGGUCUUUGUUUUAGACACACACGUGUGCAUACAGAAACACACAUAAAGAUAUGUGUGUACUUCUAAUCUUCAUCUGCCCUUGGUGCUGCUCGUUUCAUCUCUCACACACCCAUUUAUUCACACUCUCACUGUGUUCUCUCUCUCUUUCUAUCUCUGUGUGUCUCUCUCCCACACACACACACAUGCGCGCACACAUACACACACACUCCUUUCAUUAGUGGGAUGCUUGCAGGCACAUGCAGGGAUUCUCCAUUGUGCUCUCUAUCAGCCUGCGGGAAGGGGCUCACUAAUUAAUAUUUAACCGAAGACCGCCUCCAAGCAGGGGAGGAGAUGUGGAGAUAGAAGUGUGCUUGGAAGGGGAUGGAAGGUGGAAGGAUGGAGGAGAAGCAAAGGACGGAGAGGAGAAGAGAGGGAAAGACAGGGAUCAGAGAGCUGGGGGGAGCUGGAGGGAGGCAGCGAGGAUAGUGAUGAGAGGUUGGGAUAAGGAGGAGAGAUGAGGGGAGGAGCAUUGUGAUAUGGAGGGCUGGAAAAAAGGUUGGGUUUGAUAGAAUAGAGAGUAAAGGAGCCAGGAGGUUUCUGGGAAUAAAAAGCAAAGGCUCAGGGGUUUGAUAGCAGAGAGAGUGACAAAGGAAGAGGGGAAUGAGGGAAUGAGCAUGAGUAUACUUUAACCAAAUAAAAAAGAAUACAAGGAAAAAGAUGUUUGAGUGAUAAUAUACCAAUAUAAGUAGGUAUCAGUGUACCACCAUUUUAGUUUGGGUAUUAGAUACCCAUAUUUGUAUUGUUUAAAGCAGUGGUUCUCAACUGGUCGCACUCUGGGACCCACAUUUUCCCAUGGUCUUUAAGUUGCGACUCAUAAAAUUCAAACCAAGCAAAUUUAUUUUCUUUAUUUAAUAAAAAAAAAAACCUUUAAAGACUCUGACCUUAAACAUAAAUCCACUUGUUUUAUUGGGUAAAUAAAACAAGUAAAAUAGAACGUGUCCGGGACCCACUUUUGGGUUGGCGUCCACCAGUUGAGAACCACUGUUUUAAAGGACAGCUAUGCAGGUAUCAGAUCUUGGAUUUUUGGAUGCAUUUGAUAAGGUGACUCAUUCAUUAUGUGCUAAGAAAGACAACUUAUGUGCGCCAAGAACAAGCUGUAUCAUGUGAGUUUGGAAGUAGCUGUAAGUGUGCAUCUGAAGGACCUUCAUCCUGAUCAGAUCCAUGAGUUUCUGACGUCACAGAAACACAGAAAGCAAAAUCUUAUGUGCAGCUAUGGGCACAACCCAACGGUAGAGUAGCUUGAAGAAAAAAAAUGUUGAAUUGAUCACUUUUGAGUCUCCCACUGGUAGAAUAUGCAGAGUUUGGCCUUUCUUUGGCUUAGUGUAUCAGCCAGUAUAGGCCAUAAUGAGUCUGAAGAUGUCAGCAUCUGAUUUUACCAAAAAAAUCCAAUAUUUCAUCACCCCAUUAAAAUAAUGGCAAAAAGGAGUUUUUGACCUAGAUCAUCUCUUGAUAAUGUUGGCCAUCUCUGGUAAAAUCGCCUAAAUCCUUAGUUGAAAGGAUCAUGCCAUGAUCAUGCCAUUACCAGAGAUGGCUAGCAUUAUGAAGAGAUGAUUUAGGCCAAAAACUCCUUUUCAUCAAAAAAUGUCUUGGGCCAUUAUUUUAAUAGGGUGGUGAUUUUGAAUCCUUAAAUAUGAUUUUUGUAUUGCCCUUAAAUCAGUGUCAGAUGUGUAAAAAUGGGAGAAUAAACAUGGCUGCAGACACGGCAGAUGGACUAGAGCAGGUGAAACCUCUGUAGACGCAGUUGGAAGUUAGAUCCUGCUUGGAUCCCAGAUGUUCAAAGGAAUGAAAUGAUCUCACCACUGAAAGUUGCUCUUCAUAAUUCCCUUUUUGCAAACAUUAUAAAACAGACUUUUUGUGUUUUUUGUGCAGUGAUCAUUUAGCUAAGCAUGUGCAAAAAAAGCUACUUAAUUCAAAUAUCCAGAUUGGUUCUAAACUUUCUAAACCAUUACAGUUGGUAAAAAAAGUGCUAUUAACAAACCUUAUUUCUAGCUGAGAUCAUCAAUAAUGGCUAAGCUCUUACUGCACAAAUACUCAGAAUACCUCCUAACAGAAAGAUAAACAGAAAGAUGUUGUGAGAUCACUUUGUUUUCCGACUUCCCAGUGCACAUUUGCUAAUGUAAAUCCACUGCGUCUGCUGUCAGGUACUCUUGAAAAAUGGUGUGAGAUUGUUAAGUGCAGUAAGAAAGCUGAAACAAAGUAUUAGCUGGAUGAGAAAAGAAAGGAAAAAGAAAAGGAGAGGAAAAAAGAAAUAGCAGUUUCAGGGUAAUGAUAUGUGGAGGACAUUAAAGAAUGGAUGACACUUUCCUCUGUCCUCCCUAAAGGCAGACAAUGAGAGUAAGUUAUAACCCUUUUUCUUUCAAUCUAUCUGGGGAGAGUUCAGUCUAUUACUUUAAAUCCUCUUCGGUGAUGCACGGUGGUAAAGGUUGGGAUUGAUGACACAUCCUCUAUUGUGUAGUAUUGUAAUUCAUCAACUUCAUCUCUGUGAUAAAAUAUGUAGCUGUAACACUUUAAAAAGAGCAGUGCAUGAUCUUGUCUGACAGUGUUGCAGUGUUGUUUUCGUUGACGAUGACAUUAAUGAAAAUAUUUCGUAAAUAUUUAAAGACGAUAUUCUUCUCGUAAAUAUUAUCUUUCUGUUAUAAUAUUUCGAAAAAAUAUCUCGUAGACUGCAGUGUUGUUUUCGUUGAUAAUGACGAAAAUAUUUUGUCAACGUCAUCAUCAACAAAAACAACACUGCAGACUAUAUGUUUAGCGUUUGACUGAAAAAAAGCUCAUGAAUUAUGCAGCUCUGUUUGUCGUCCACCACUAACGUUUUCGUCUAGUCUCGUCUCGUCCACGUAAACGCGCAUUUGUCUCGUCACAUUUUAGUCAUCUAAGACUUAUGUUUAGCUCGUCAACGUCAAGUCUUCGUCAUGGAAAAAAAAGGGCUAUUUCAUCAACGAAAACAACCUGUGUUGUUUUUUUGACAAUGACGUUGCCGAAAAUAUUUUGUCAACGAAAAUAACACUGCAGAAUAUAUGUUUAGCGUUUGACUGAUGAAAUGCUCAUGGAAUUUGCAACUCUGUUCGUUGUCCACCACUAACGUUUUUGACUAGUCUCGUCUCGUCACAUUUUAGUUAUCUAAGACUUAUGUUUAGCUUGUCAAUGUCACGUCUUCAUCGUGGGAAAAAAGGGGCGUUGAUGAAAUAUUUUUUUUCAGUAUUGUCCCUAAAAUGAACAGUAUGACCAUGCAACUUGGAUGUAGUAGAGCUGCUGGGUAAUUAUUGUUUGCUACAUUCACUAUAUUUUAAUGGUAUUUUUUGUAAUUUGGGUAAUCAGACAUCACAAAUAGACGAUACUAAAGACUGUAAUAUCAGAGUAUUUUUAAAACCCCAUUAUUUGUCAUUUAGAUCCAAGACAUUGUUCUUUCUAGUUUCUGGAUCAAAGUACGGGGAGCAUGCUUGUAGAGCUCCAGAAUAUCCACCCUUGAGUGUUAUAUCACAGUGCUGAAUAUAUUUAUAUCUGUAUCAAGUGUUUUCAGAGAACACUGUGUGACUCAGUUGAAUCUGUUGCUUUGCUUUUAAUGUCACAGCUCUGCAUAGCAGCCUUUUGAUAUCUGUUUGACUUCACUUAAUUCAUCGGAGGAUGCAGACUGACAUGUGGAGACACAAACCAGAACAUCCAAAGAGCAUUUUCAGAACAGACACUCUUUUUUUGAGGAGUAUUUAAAUAGGUCUUAUAUGAGAGGAUUAGGGUUGAAGAAUAACAAAAAAUGUACACCUCUAGAACAAAGCAGCUCUUAGUUUUAUGAUACAUUUCCACGGUGAUGAAUUUGAGUGAGAUUCAUGAGCCUAAUGUUGUCAUUUCCACUGCUGAUUUCACCAUCCCAACAUCCAUCUAUGUCACAUAUGUUUUCCCCCACACCAUGUGUUUUAGUGUGUGUGUGUGUCCGUGCGUGUUUGUGUGUGGCUAGGCAGCCAGAUGUAACGCGCUGUACAUUGGGAUUGUUUUGGUGAGGUAUUACAGGGGAUUGGGGUAAAAGGAAAGCACAGGGUCCCUCUUAUGAGAUUAUUUAUGUCCCCACUGUGUAAUCUGUCUAAUCCAGCGCUGGAUGGUUUGAGAUUACACUUAGAGGAGUCGCUGCGGUUAAUGAAUCCAUCCUGUGUCUGGUGUCUCCUUAUCUGUCUGUCUAUGUGACCCACUAGCAAGAACUGAAGAGGCUGAUAAUCAGAUUUUGAUUUUAGAGAUUUAGAAUUAAAAAAAAAAACAUGAUUGAAAAAAGGAGCAUGUCGCAUAUUUUUCCUUCUUUUCUCCUCUGUGUUUGGCCUUCAUUAUGCUUCCCUGCAGUGGCGCACACUCGACUAAAUGCAGUGUCAGAAUUUAGGAUGCUGUCAAGGCUCUGGCAGUGUUGCCAUGGCGAAGCGUCCUCAAUGAUGUCACUCACUCAGGGCCUCCGGAGACAGAGCCCCGCCCCUCCUGACUUUUCUGCCUGCUGGUAUGUGUGCUUUUAAUGGUGUGUGUGAGUCUGUGUGCGUGUGUGUGUGUGUGUGUGUGUGUGAAAUGGGCCGGUGAAAAUCACACUGUGUUAUCCUUGAAACACCUGCCUGUGUGUUUCAGCUUAUAAUGAGCUGUCUAGCUGCAGUCUGCUUGGGCUUUUUAGGAGACACAUCAUUAUAUUCUGCCCCACACAUUCACACACACAAUCACACACUCACUCACACACACACACAAACAGGGGGAUAACAUUACCUCACCACAGGAACCCAAAUCUCUGUGGCUCCUGCUAUCUCUAGUAAUAUAUGGCAGUGUGUGUCGACAUGUAGGUGAAAUAAAAGGUGUACAUUUGCAUAUUUGUGUGUAUGAGCUGGAGAUUUGGGGGUUGGGGGGCACCCCUGUUGGGUUCCUUUCAUGGCAAAAGAAAGGUUGGAUUCCUUUGGGAGGCUUUUCUCCUCCUCCUCCUCCUCUUCUCCCCUCUGCUUCUCCCUGCAUCCUCUUCAUUCAUCAUCUCAUCCUUAAAUUAUUCUUCCUCUCUCCUCUCCUUCCAUCUUUUCUCACUUUUGCCAAUGUUUUCCUUCCCCUCCAUCCUCCCUCCAACCCCGUGUCAGCAUUGUCUCAGUACUGGGGGUCGUCGGUGCGGGGGUGGGUGGGGUUUUCUGCCUGCAAUUUCGACAACACCUCUCUCUUCUGCUUCCCCCCUCCCUCUCUUCAUCCAUCCCUCCCACCCUCCCUCUCACUCUCUCUCUCCCUCUCUCUCCCUCCUCUCCCUCUGGUCCGCCCUCCCCCCACCCACACUCCUUUCAUCAGCAAGCAAUGAGGUAAUCCCUAGCAGCCGCGUGAAGUGCAGCAAGUGCAGUGAGAGCGAGAGCAGAAGCCGGUGCGGGGCAGAAGAAGAAGCAGCAGCAGUGACGGUGGUGGUGGUGGAGAUGUCAGGAGCUGUGAUAUCACUCGCUCUUAUCAGUCCCAGCUGUUUGCAGCUAGCUCGUAGCUAAUAGCUGAUGUGGUUACCAGCAGCUGCUUGCAAGCUGCAGCUUUGGGUGUAGCGGUUUAGCUUGUAGCUUGGGUUUUCUGGAGUGGUGGCACUAUGUUUAGGCGCUGUUAGCCAGGCAAAGAGAGGCAGGAGAGGAGGACUGGCAGGGGUGGGACAGGCUUAGCUGGACACUCUGGGGUGGGUAAGAGGUAAGGAAGGAGAGAGAAGAAGAAAAAGAGGUGAAGAAGAGAGAAAGGGUAGGGUAAGGUUUGAGGAAAGGUUUGAGGAGAAGGUGUGUGCCCACCAUGACGGAGAGGUGUAGUCUGUGGAGUGCCCUCUCGGCUGCAGCAUGCUGCUUCUACCGGGGCUCUUUCAUGCAGGUGCAGGUGAGUUUGCAUCCUUAUGUAUUUGUUUUCAUGUGUUGUUGCAAAGUGCCUCCAGUGCGUUAUAUUGUUACAGCCGAACAUAUGCUUUCCUCUUUUUUUUUCAACUGUCCAAGUUUCUGUACAUUUUUCCUCUAUGCAUGUGUGUGAAUGUUUGUUGGCUUGUGAGCUUGUGGGUAUUCGUGGGAGGUUUGGCUCCUCUCCUGUGCCGGCAGCCGGUAAUGUCAGGCUGCCUGCUCGAGCUGGCAGACUGAUGAUAUCAUAGGUGCUGUACAGUACUUGGGUGUCAGAUGGACUGUGUAAAUUCAUGGCAUUAGGGGGUAUACUGAGAGAGAGUGAGGGCGAUUUGAGUGUUUUGUGUGAGAAUGGGAGAAGUGUGUGAAGGGUAUUGUACAAGGAAGCGUACUGUAUCAGUUGAACUCUGGCUAAAUCUGGCUUCAUGCAUGAAACCUAAUACUUGACCUUAUUCCUGGGACAAAAUGACACCCACAUUGUAUUCUCUGAGUGUGUGUUCAGCGUGUUUCUGCUUGGUAGUUGUUACCCUUUGGCGGAAAGCUUGUGUUUUGAUAUAGUCAACUUUCCAGGGAUUGAAAAAAAUCAAGUUUGUUUAAGAGGUAUUGUGGGAAUUUUCUGCUACUCUCAUGUGGUUUGGAAGACUCAAAGGUUGUAAGAUAUUACUAAACAUGCAGCUCUUUCAAAAUAAGAGCCAUGGUAGACUUUGGGGAGCUAAAAGGGGUUAUGAUGCAGUGCUGGACUUCACUUGAAGCAUAUCCUCAAGUUUUUCUCGUCUUCUCCUCUCUCUCUGCCACGUUGUUGGUAGCCGGCUGUCGUUAUAAUUAUAGUUUUACUCCAAACUGGAAAGCCACGGAGUCCUGCUGUUUGUGUGUGCGGGGCAGUAAUCCUUAUGUUUUGUGUUGGCGUGUCCCACCACAUCCACGCACGGCAGCGGGACACUAAAGUGAGACAAUUUGAACGUCUUGAUGCUGGAUCACUUUGCUUGUUUUGUUGUUCGAAAAACACAUGUCAGUCGUAGAAAAACACAUGCCUUAAGAGAGAGAGUCUGAGAUUUUAUUUAUUUAUUUAUUUUUGGCUCACGUCUUUCUAGGUUUUGGAGGCGUCUGCUUUUGUUUGGAGUGAAGUGUUUCAAAGCUCACACUAAUGAAGUUAUUUUAAUUAAGUCUGUCAUGGGGCUCCUGCGUUGUGGUGUUUGUGGUAAGGCUAUGUGUGUGUGUGUGAUAACAGGGAGAAGGAGGGGUAAAUUAAUUAGCAGUCACUGAAUGGUUAGAGUUAAGUGGGAGCUCUUCCAUUGUUAAAAAAAGAAUGACUUAAUUCGCCGAACUUGGGCUGUAAACAAACUGUGUGUUUUUUUUCCCGUAGACUCAUAUUGAUCCCACCAGAUCCAUUUUAAUUAAACAUGGCCUGUCAGGCACAAUGCUGUUUGUCACGUAACCCAAACAGAGAAGUGAUGCUUUAAUCAUUACUUGUUCUGAAAAUUCAAUUUCACAUUGAUACUAUUUUUUUUUCCAUUAAUGGGAAACCAUUUUCAAAUUACACUCUGUUUAAUCUGAACUAACUGCAGCUGAUAAUGUGGGUCAUAUGUCAUCUACCAUCACAGGGAUUACUCACUGCCCGCAUGAUCAGUCAAACUUAGACAUUCAAAGGUAGUUGGUCUUCUUAUCAAGUCACCUCGAGACAUGAAUUCUCCUCGACACAGGUCUGUUAAAUAAGAGUGUUUAUGUAAGAGUGUUAUUAUUGGUCAAUAAAUGCAGCAUGAAAAUCUACUUUAACUAUUGAAUACCAUGUCUGUUACACUUCCUGUUUUUAAGCCAUACUAAACACAGGUGUACGAGAAGUUUUUACUUUAAUGUUACACUUAAAAGAAAUGAUUGUGGUCAAAAAUGGUUAAAUAUUAUUAACUCACAUGUUUGCAGUCGACUAAUAAAUGACUUGUGAGCCCUGUAUGACAUGCGGAGAUGAUAUAGACACAGCGACGGUGCUGUUUGACCCCAGCUCAUCAGCUGUAUCAGUGCAGAGAGAUUACAUUUGAUCCCCUGGUCUAGACUGCAGUAUGCUAACUAUGGACACACACACACACAGUGACACACACACACAGUAACACACUCACACACACAUGGAGAGAGUCAUGCAGCUCAUCCAUUGUGUCCGCAUUAUACCCAGUGCUUCCAGCACAUCUCUGUAACUGGGACAAUGUAACUGUCCGCUGGACUCCUGCAGCGUUAAACCCCCCAAAAGCCCCCAGAAAGAUACUCUCCUACACACACACACACACAAAUGCAUGUACGCAAAUGCAGGGACAGAUGCACAGACACAAAUUACACAGAUAUAUCCUCCUCAUAUACAAUUUGAUUGUUUUUGAAGUUAAACCUUUUUUUCUGUAAGCCACUGUCUUUCCAUCCCGUUACUCCUCCCCCACUCCACCUCUCCCUCUCUUCUCCUCUCGGCUCUGUAGCCUCAUUCCCUGCUGACCUAACCAGCAUGUGGCAGCCGUCAUGCCAGCCAGCCAGCAGCCGGGCCCUCUGUCCUUUAGCGUUCCUGCAGCCUGACUGUAUCUGGAGCAUAGUUGUCGACCCCCCAACCCAGCAACAUGGCACCUUUCUGCCACCCAAUCCCAGUUACGCUAUUAACCAAGCUUUAUUAUUCUUACAUUAUUACAUUACAUUAGUCUAAUUACUUAGAUUAACUCACAGACGGAGUAAAAUAUUUUAAGAUACGAUAUAAAACAGCUGAUUUACUCUAAUGCUGGAAAAUAAGAGCGCAGAUGUAAGAGAAGUUUUUGUUCUCACCUUGAUUUUGCGUCCUUCUGCUGCCACAGCGUCCUGUUCACCUUAGUUUACAGUUUCUAAGGGACCCUGUGACGUGCAAAGCUCAGAGGAUGCACUGAUUAUAGAACGAGAAGAGACAAAUGCAAAUGAGCUGCUGAUAAUGCAGUCCUUUGAGUCGAUCAAAGUAGGUUAAAAUUACGGGUGAUGCAUUGAAAACGACACAGGUGACAUGAGAAUUUUACCCCGCUUUUUAUGACAUUGUCUUCUUUUAGUCAAAACAAAGUAUAUCCAUUCAUUUACACUUCUUCAUUUGGUAUGUAUGCACAUCUUAGAUCUUUUCUUUUCCGGGAAACCCUGCAACAAACAGGUCAUGCAUAUUAAUCCGGACAGUUUUAUUACACUGCUGUCCUGCCUGAUGUCCUGUCUACACCUCAUCCCUAUUCCCAAAGCAGGGAGUCAUUUUUAAUAACAGAAAUUGGACUGGCACCAUUGGCAAGGCUUCAUUUCUAUAGCGCCUCAUAUAUAAAAUGUAUCCCGCGCUCCUUAGAGUCUGUGCUUCAGCGUUAUUAGUUUUACAGCGCCAAAAAAAGUUUCAUUAUAUCGCUGCUUUCAGCCAUGAGCAGUUUUGUACGUCCUCUUACAUUUUCUUCCAGAUGAUGAAGGAGAGCCUCGUGGGUUUCGGUCACUCAGGCUGUCACAGCAGGUUAACCAGCAAUCAGCCCGUCAGUCAGAUCCCCAGGAGGGGGUCAGACAGUGGUUUUGUAUUAGCUGUACCCAUCACCCCUCUCUCAAUCUAGUCCAUGCUAAGCUAGCAGUAGAAGAUAUAGCCCUCUUAAUGCCCUGAUGGGUGUGUGUGUAUCUGUCUGUCCUAGCCAGAAAAGGCAGCCCCAGCCAAUUGGUAUGUUUUAGUAUUGAAAUAUUCACCAUGUAAUCCCCUCCACUCCACUCCUCCUAUCUCUCGCUCCCUCUCACCCUGCUCCCCAAAGCUUUUCACCACAAAUCCUCUUUUGGCGUGCCUGCCUGUCACACCCUCCGGCGCAUAGUGUGAAGGGCAGCUGUAUGUGUGUAAAUGUGUGUGUGUGUGUGCAUGUAGAAAUUGCCUUGUUGUUGAGUCCAUAUCCUCAUUAGAGCUCUGUGAUGUUUUUGGCAGUAAUGAGGAAAAAUCCUGCGAGUGUGUGGAUGUGUUUGUGUUUGUGUGUAUGAGUACGUGUGUGUGUGUGUGUGUGAGUGUGUGUGUGUGUGAGUGUGUGUAGCCUCAGACCAUCCUGGGCUUUUGUUCUUCAUUCACAUUUCUCUGGUCAAAGCACUCCUUUGGUCUGUAAUGUCUGGAUUAAACCAAGCGUCAAACCCUCACAUCCUUUACUUUACUUUCUGUCUUUAAUUGGACAUGUUAAACCGUUUUUUUAGGCCAACAACCGAGGACAGGGAUUAGUUUAAGCCGGUGUAAUCAAUCAAUAAUUCUUUAGAUUAAUUUAUUCCUACAUAUUUAUUUGACACUUUUAAUCUUUGAAGUCCCUCUGCUUGAUAUUUAAGAAGCUCUUCUUGGUUUUACUUGAAGAAGACCAUCCAUGUGGCCAUCAAUCUGCCCCUCAAUCAUAAUUUCACUUAUCAAUCUCUGACCUGUCUGUUUAACUAGUCAUCCAUCAGUCCAUCUAUCUAUGCAUUACUCAUCCAUCAAUCUAUCUAUCAUACACACAGUAGAGCUGGGUGAUACGGCCAAUGUUUUCCUUCUAUAAAAAAUUAAAAUGACAAAGGAAUGAUCCAAAAUGAGAUUUUAGCCCUUUGGUGAUUUGCUUACCCAGUUGUGGUUGAUAAUAGGUACCAUCAAUCUAAUGAGAGGCUGCAUAGUUUGACCGGACCGUAAACAUCACAUUUUGGUGGGUAAUGUUGUACAGAAGAGGCAGGGCAGCAUCAGCUAACAUCGCGAUUGGGUAGAGCACACCUGGGGGUUGAUAGUUUUGAGAGUGUGGAUAAACUUUGUGUACGAGGACCAUGUUUUAUGGAUGCAACAUUAGAGUUAAUCGAGGUCAGUUAGCCUAAGUUCUAUUUUGGUCUAUUUUUCCAUCUAGGUCUGGGUAGUCUGACACCUUUUUAGUUCGCCAUUCUUUAGCCUUUUGGAUGAAGAUUACAGGAGCAGAAAAGGGAAAGGAGAAAAAAGUCUUUUGGACACAUCUCAAGACUUUCCAUUUUACUUUGAAGAAAAACAAACUUGUCCUUUCGUUCAUAUACCUGCGUCAUUUAGGAUAUGAAAUAAACAUAUGCAUUGUUUUCACAAAGAUGGGAUGCAGACAGUAUGUGCUGCUAUAACUGUUUGGCUUCAAUCUGUAGUUUCAUUAUUGUAAACUCUACUAAGAGUGUUUCUAAAAUCAUACUCUUUCAUCUAAGGGUCUUAACUUCCCACCGAGAACAUCUUCAUAUCAUAAAGACUGGUGCUUUUUAGCCUACUUGAAUCUGGUCCCAAUCAGGGUUAGCUUGACUAAGUAAGUUUACAUGGUGAUCUAGUCGGGUGAAAAGAGAGCCAGCUUUGUAGCACUUGAAAUCUGGCUUUGUAGGACACCUACUCAGUUUUUUCAGCGCUUCUUGCUGUUUUUUUGCCAUUCAGUGGAUGACCGUGGUGACCCUGCCUGUCCUGAAAUCACUUGCAUACCCUCUAUUGUCAGCUUUGUCUCGCUUUGGGGAGAAGUAAUUGGAAGUUUCCUCACAGGAGGCUUACUCCUCCCAACACAUGGACUGACAGGGAUACACAACAUGUAUAAUCCAGCUAUCCAGCCAACCACCAAUUCAUCCAUUCAGGUGGAUAAAGAAAGAGGACAGCCAUCAGUCUGUACUGGUAUUAUCACAUUGGCACAAAGAUCUUCUAUUAUCUUCUUUACUUUCAAUCCAUCGACUACAUCUGCAUCUUUGUCCCACCUAGAGUUCAGCCUUGACUGACAAAGUUCAAGCCUCCAUUAACGGCAUUAAAGUGUGUGAAUGACCCCGCUUGGCACUGUAGACAUUUAGCGUGAACACAAACAAAUGCAAUCAACCUUGAAGGUAUGAUCAUAGUUUCCUGGUGUCAAGUAUCAAAAUUAAAAUGCUGAACGGCUCAUUCUGCUAAGUGACCUUGUGAUAUUGUGGUAAGAAUUGUCAUCACAAUGUCUUCCCACCUUGGUCAAAUGUGUUUUAGGCUAGAGUCCUCAACCUCAAUAAAGCUAUCUCUGCUAUCUUUGGUUGGAAAAGCUUUAAAGAUUUGAGACUUAUCUCCUAAAACCUGCAGCAGCUGCUGUGAAAUUUCCAGCUGCCACCGUAGAGCAAAAGCCAAAUAGGAUGUCCAUGAAACAGUGUGAUAUGAAACCGUAUCGUGCCAUGAUGUAAAAUACAGUGUAAUGCUACACCAUUCUUACACGAUCUUUACUGAAUGCUCUUUUGUAGAGCCACUACAAGAGGCACCUGAUCAUAAAGAGACCUCUGCACAGUCAUCUUUUUAAUCUUCAUCUUAGUAAAGGGUGUCAGAAUGAAGACUGGGAGUUCAGUCCUUCACUACUGCUGUGUACUCUGAAGGUAUAGAGAGUACUUUGCGAUGAGCCUGUGUGCGCUUCAUUGAGCCUUUUACUAAACAGAUUAAACCAAUUUUGAAAGUUUAUUGCAGUCUAGGAAAGUUGAGCACUGGAUAAGAUCAGCUGUUUGUUCAAAGAGUGUAAAGGUCAGUGAAAGAGUCUGAACAAUGUAAUUCAAAUGACUGUGAUCAGCCUGUCUUGUAGAAAUGUGUCUGUAGGCCCUCCAUGCUUCAGCAAACUCGAGCGUGUAAUGUGCUCGCCAUUCAACAAGUGCAAAUGCAAAAACAAAAUGGUCCCCUCAUUUCAUGACUCUUAGCUGCGGGCCAGGAUCCCAGAGGUUUCCAGCUCAGUGUUUCAUAUAAUCAUCUUCUGUCCUUCUUGACAUGAUAAAAGAAAGCUUUAAGAUAGACAAACAUGAGGACAUAUGGUGAAGGCUCUUUAAACAGAGACAGGUGGCAAAGGGGGAUUAUACCUGCCUGCAGGUUAGAGAUGAAAAUGCCCUUUAACUCAGUGUUAUAAUUAUCUCCCCCUCUCUCAGCAUUUAAGGAGUGGGGCUUAAAGUAAUUGCUUUGGUGAGUAUUUACAUAUUUUAUCUGUUAGGGCCUUUUCCUCCAAAGAAACUCAUGAAUGUUUAGUACUGAUCUCCAAUCCUACAUUAACAGUCUAUGUUCCACUUAUUUUUCUUUGUUCCGCCUGCUGAAUUGGUUUUUAUUAGAUAUAGAUUUGUUUGAAUAUGUGGAUUGUAAUAGACUGGCUGUCGAAUGGACUUAAAUGGAGGUAUGAAUGCUACAAAGUGAAAGCCCAAUAAUUUCAAGAUAAUCACAAAAUGGGAACUUUAAAAUGACAGGAGGCAUAUGCAUUAAACAGAGUCUCUUUUGUAUUGCCCAUUAAGUACAAUUUAUGUAUGUAAGCAGUUUGUUUAUCCUUGACUAAGGCCACAGAGUUCAGUUUCUAAAAAUCCUAACUGGGAGAACAUUCCAAAAUCCAAAGCAAUUUGACAGCCCCUUAGCUACCACCAAAUAAAUACUAAUGUUAGAAGCUAUCGUCAUCAGCUGAAUCACACUCAGUCAAAAAUCUCAUAGUCUGACUAACAUACCUGGAUAAUGCUGUAGGGGAUCAUUUUCUCUUCCAUGUACAUGGCUCAAUCAGACUGAAACUGGCCUAAUCAAGCUUUAAGUUAGAAGUUAGAAGUUAGCAUAAAUGUAUUGGUCGAAAGCCAGCAAGAAAAGAACUCUAAAGGUUAAAAAGAUAAAAUUAUCUUACAAAAAAAAAAAAAAAGUAGUUCAGAGGUGCAAUUAUGAAGGUGUUUUCAGCGCUUAAUAUAAGUCCUGUUAGCCUCUUGCGAAUACGUUUGAUCAACUGUUUUGAUAUGUAAUUGGUCAAAGGGGAGACCAUUAGUCGCUGUAUUUCAAUGUUACCCAAAAAAGUUUGAUAGUAUAUAAUAUCUGAUUGGCAGGUAGUAACCAUUAGCUAUUUACACAAAGUAAUUUCCUAGCUAACAUUAGCGUUAGCUAGCACAUCUUACCCAUCAUAUAACCCAGUGGUGUCGACAUCAGGUCAGUUUUUAUGCAGUUUUAUCUCAUGUUGAAUUGAGCUAUAAAGUUACUGAGAGUAAACUCUUGGUAUUCUGGUAGUUGAUGGGUUAUCAAGUACGUUAGUUUAAAGCCUAAAAAGACAUAGCUUCAUAACAGCGUUGAGUUUACCCUCAGAGUGUGACAGCAGAGGAAAUUUGCUGAUGUAUGAACACGGCGGUGAACAGACCAGUAAAAAUGCUUCCCUGCGUUUUUCUUAUCUCGUCCUCCCUCUUCACACUCGGUCUUCUCUUUGUACCACGUUCAUUCACAAACUCUAAUUCUCAAAUUCUUCAGAGUUUUCAGAUGAAUGAAGUCAAGAAUCUGCUGGUUUUACAAGCAAACCUUCAGAGCUGACAGGGAGGGAUGAAGGGUGUGUGUGUGCGCACGUUUCAUUCCUCUGAAGUCUCUCCACUCGCCUCCCACUGAAGAAAUCACACACGCCUGUGGAUCCACACGUACUACACACCGCGCUCACAUAUGCUGGGAGCGUCACAGCUGAGAGGGAGUGUGGCAUAGUGAGGGGAUUUGGGUGCAGGCGGCUGCCAAUUGUUUGCCCUCUUCAUCUUUGACCUAACCUGACCCCGAGGACGUGAAGGUUAUUGGAUCACACAGGCGGCAGCAGCUUUAAAGGCUCAAAUCUCCCAAGUGAAACAAAUAGCCAUUCCAGCACAGGGAGGAGCACCUUCAUGCCUUUAGCACCCUUUGUUUGACACAAAAAAUCUGGCCUUCUGGUUUAAAAUUGUGGGAACACAGCAUCUUCUAAUGCUCAGAAGUUUGUAUUAAUGUUUAAUUAAAUCUUUUAAUCUUUUUAAAAAUUGCGUAAAAGUUACGAUUGUUAUUUAUAAAUGCCUCAAACUGGUGAAAGCGCCAUCAGCGUCUGAAAAUCUUGAAGUGCUCAAAACAUUAACUCCAGCAUGUAUUGGAUCAAGUCCUUUUUGAUAACAUGGAAAGUGUUUCCGCACAUAGCAGCACCCUGACGUCUUCUUUUAAAAUGAUCGAUUCAUUACAUAAGAUAAAUAUUCAGUAUAGAGUCCGUUUGCUGAAGAGAGCGUACAGUAUAUUCUUUAGGUUUCUCUUUUCCAGCUUUCAGUGCCAGUGUUGCUCUCUGUUCUAAUUUCUAAUAACUCCCACUGGGCAGAGUGUGUUUGACUUACAGAGGGCCCUGGACCUCUGUGGAGUUUUUUAAUGCAUCAUUUUAGGAGAAGAACCCGGGGCUGUUAGAGCGUCUCUGGGUGAUUUGCAGAGAGAGAGAGAGAGCAGCUGAGAAUGGCAAUGCAUGCAUGCUGGUUUCCUCAUACAUACACAUUCAUCCACUCAUUUAUGUGAACACACUGUUUCUACACAUGCAUUCAAGGCUAUUCAGAGUCAAUCUACUUCCACUUUUUGUUGCUUAUAAUUUAAUACAACAAUCCUUUUUUUUCCCCAGUUCAUUGAUUUGUUCAGUCUCUAAGCUGUCACACAAUUUGCAAUGCAUUUACAUUUUUUCUCAUUUAACGGAUGAAUCAAUUUAUAGAUAUGUAUUCAAAUAGUUUCCUUAAGGUUGUGGAGAACUACUUAAAAGAGUGAAACAGGAGCGCUUUCUUAAAGGGAUAGAGAAGGCAGAUAAAGCGCGUUUUUUUUUUUUUUUCAAAGGUAUUUUGGGUUAUAAAUGAAGCAGAAAGGAGGCGUUAAUAAGAAACAGAUACAGAUACUGAUAAGAGAUUAAACAGAUUUAAUUGACUGAAAUUUGAUGGCUUUGUUGGAUCUAAUUCAAUUCAAAUGACAUUACAUCCCCUCUUAAUGAGAUCAGAUUUAUGCAGUGUGGACGGUGGAAUCGUGUGCUGGAACAUGUAUAGCUUAUGCGUGCACAUGAUUGCUGGAUUUUUGCGGAGAUUAGACAAAGCAGAGAGACAUAAUGAGGACUGUGUGGGAGAUAUCCAUCACUAUGUUUCUGAUGUAAGAAGUUAUAGACAAGGGUAAGCAAUGUUUUGUGCACCAGGACAUCUUAAAUUGCAUUAUCAUGGUUGGAAGAUUGAAAACUAGCAUCUGAAUUUGUGUCCUUCAGUUUGAAAGUCAGUUUUUUUUCAUUUAAAGUCACUCAUACAGCGUAUUUAAAUGAUGCUCAGGGUUGUUUUGUGUCUUGUUUUUCACACGUGUAGUCUUGGACAAAAUCCCAAAAGCUAUCCUGGCAAUUACCAACCUGCAAGUGACAUCAUACUCUGAAAAAAGGGGGUGUUAGGGGUGAGCAGUGGGAGGUGUGGGUGGUGAAGGGGGGAGGGGAGUGUAAAACAUGUAAGGAGGAAAGAGAGGAGAGUGAAUGCGCAGCACUUUGUAACAGGCUAUCAGAGGCUAAUUUCCCAUGAGCAUCUCUUUGAGGAACGGCUCCGGUGUCUCUCGGGGGAGUGUUUACGCUCACACCUUCUUACACACUUCCACACAGAAAGCGAGUCCUUCUCUGUUCCCUGUUUUUUUUUUCUAUUGCUUGAAAGCGGUAGCAAGGGCAAGGCUGCUUUGGAAAGGUGUGCACGCAGGGAUAAAAAGAGGCGUGUGUGGGAGAGCGUGUGCGUGCGAUUAGUUUACUGCAACGUCCCAGCUAGCGGUAAAAGCUCCAUCUGCAUCACCAUGACAACAGCCCGGUAACAACAAGGAGACAACACCCAUAUUAACCCUCCCAACCCCCAUCAGAUGUGUGUGUGUCUGUGCAAGAGGUGUGUGUAUGUGUGUGUGCAUGCUUGAUUACAUGCAUACUUGAUAUUGUGCAUUUAAGUGGAAUUCAUAUAUAUGUGUGUGUGUGCGUGCGUGUGUGUUUGUGUGUGUGUGUGACAGGAAGAGGGUCCAUUGGGGGGGCAUCCCAGCAGGUACUGUCUGUCUCUGAAUGAUGGACACGGCCCUAAUGGCUCGGCGUGUAUGCCUCCGUGGGGAGUGGUCACACUUAUACACACACACUUACAUGUCCGCACACACACAAACACGCACGCACACGCUCUAUUGGUGCUGGUGUUAUGAAUGGAAGUGAUACCUCAGCGGUGCGCUCCCACUGUCUGCCUUAGCUCUCUGCUCAACCUCCAAGAAAAGAUGACAUCAUCGUCAGCCAAUGGCAACACAGCUGUAGGGCGUGCUUCACUCUGACAAUCUCAGUAAGGUUGUGUGUGUUUGUGUGUAUGUAGGUGCUUGUAAUCUGGAUAUAAAACUGAUUGAUAUGCGCCCUCAUUUCCAUCUUGACAUAAAUGGUUACAACUCCUUUUUUUCUACAUCUCUCCACCUUUCCUGUCUGAACUUUCUCCCUCCUUUUUGUCUCCACAUCUCUCUCUCAUGCCUCUAUAUUUAUCCCAGCCUGAACUGCUGCAUCUUCAGCUGCAUCAUCACCUCUUCCUGUGCGUGUGGUUUGUUCGUGCGUCAAGUUCCAAGGCCAGUCAAUAGGUCAUUGUUUGCGCUGUGACUCUGCAGAAUUUAUGUGCGAGCGUGUUCUGACUCAGCAGGGAGCAGGGUGUCACAGUGACCGAGAUCUAGAUGAAGUUGUUUAUGACACACUUUCCAUACUUUGACCUUUCAUCUAAAGUGAGUGUUUGCAUCAUGGGUCCUUAGUCAUGCUAUUAUUCGUAUCCAUGUGUGUUUAUUUAUAGAGAAAUGGGUAACAGUAUAAACUUGUUCUUGCAAUAAAUGGGAACAAUUUAAUGCUUUCAUUUGACUGACUGCCAAACUAGACAACAGACUGUAUGAAAGAUCCAUGCUGGUCAUGCAUCACUCCAGUUGGGUGGUUAUACGCCAGUUUAACCAGAAACAGCCUGCAUGCAACUGUAUUUAACUCGGUUUCCCAAAUCUAAACACUGCUUAGCUAUGCCAUGCUACGAGGUGCCAUCUGUCAUCUGUGCUUGUUUACAUCCAAGUAGUGGAGCGAGUGGCAGGUGGCUGCACUACAGCUUGGACACAACAUAUGACCACCAUUGUGGCGUCAAUGAUUAAAAUAUUAAUCAUUUGAUUGUAAUUAGUAAUUCUGGUGCCAACUGGGAAGGGUACAUUUCAUUGUUUAGACGCCUAAAUGCACAAAUCUCGGAAAAAUACACAUAGAAGUCAUUUGUGUCCGUUUGAAACCAACACAAAUAUCUGUUAAUCUGAGGGAUAUUUGUGGUCGUAUCAGUAAGCUAAAUGUAUGUUUUAGUGAGCAGAGGAGACUGGAUGUCAAUAUUACAGCUUAGAGAGUUAUUUAGAUACUGGGCAAUUAUUGUCAGCUCCCUUUGUAUGUAAUUUGUCUUAACUUCUGCUAUUGUAUAUCAUAUCUUUAGUACUCUAACACAAUUCAAAGUGUUUCAUUUUUCAGGGGAACGAAUCCUGAUUUGAUCCCAUUUGAGCCACGCAAAGACCAACAGCUUAGCCCGUGUGAUGAAACGUCAAAAUGAUUUUGUGAACAUUAAAAACAAGAGAGAGCUCACAUAUUCUAUGUCUUGGCUGUGUUUCAAAAAGCAAAGCUGAUUAAUCCUCUGCUGUCAGUCAUUGAUUAAUUAAUCAGAUGCUGUGUCACCAUAUGUCUGUGUACCCAUGGUAACAAGGCUGUGGCUUAGAUUAGAUCCUUUAUUGGAGGUAAAUAAUAACAGAAGUAGUAAUUAAAGAAUAUAAAUUGCAUAAAUGUUAUAGGAUAUAACCAGCAUAUUCAGUUUGUCAUACCAAAAUGUAAACGAUUUGCUUUGUGUCAUUUUAUUGCGAUUAAAAUCCCAAGUCAAUGACAAUCACAGCUUUCUUUCAUCUAUUUGAACCAACCAAGGUCUUCCCCCUCCAUUUCAACAGCUCCCCUCCUCCCAUGUGGUCUCUCUGCUGUCUGUCCUUCAGCUGCCGCUUCCUCCCUCUCUCUCCUCCGUCCCUCCCCUGUUUAACUUCGUUGGAGAAAUGCAUUGUGGGUUUGGGCUUUUCCUAUCACACCUGUCACUGUAAAGAUAGAUGGUUCUAGUAUGGAUGGUAAUGGCGUUGGCUCGCAGUUUAAUGGCAAGUAAGGGUUGAGUGAACGUGUGUGUGUGUAAGUGUGUUUUUGUGCCCAUGAUUGGAUGCGAUAUAUGUUUAAAUUCAUGCACGCAUGUCUGCACCUGGACAAUCAUAUGACAAAUGUGUGUGUGUGUUUAUUGUGUGAGUGUGUGUGUGUGUGUGUGUGUGAAGAGGAGGGUUUGCACUGAUGAGGCCUGAGACCUUCCAUCCAUCAGUUUGACCUUUUACCCCAGAAAAGCAGCAAAUUAGCCAUUAAUGGUCCAGCCCAGGAUAGAGGAGGAUGACAGCGAGUGGCACAGGCCUUAGGGCUAAUUGUGUGUGUCCGAGUGGGUGGUAGUGUUAAGACCAAGCUGAGCAAAGGUGUUUUGUUAUUGUAAAAUGAUGAGGUGUGGUACACAGUAAUACUUCUUCAGUUUUCUGACAUCCAUGAACGUGUCUUCUCUCUCCACUGAGCUGCUAAAAUCAAAGGUUAGAUUUGUGUUUCCAGCCGAGUGAACAAACUGCCCGUAGCAUCAUUCAGCUGUCCCAGCUGGCCCUGGUUGUCAUAGACACUAAUGGUUUCUGUUUAGAUUAAAGACUAAUAGAGGAUACUCUUCUCUGUUGGGAAAACGAUGCUGAAAUAAGAAGGGACCCGUCAUUUGAUGCUUUGACAUGAAAUUUGGAGGAUUUUUCAUUGACCUAAUCACUGAGUAAAAAUUGAAAAAGUAAGAAUAAUGAAGUGAAUAGGGGCUGGUUUACGGGUUUAUCAACUCAAGGGAGAUAAAAUACGUGGAUUUGUGUUUUAUUAGACCUGAAUGGGUCCAAGUGUAGGUACUAUUUACACAGUACUAUGGUAGUGUUGUUUUUAUGAAACCAAGACCUCUGAAUUCUUUCAACGGCUGAUACAGACACAGAUAUUUACUGAGCAAGUCAGCAGAUGGCAGAUAUUUAAAGCCAAAAUCAUUAUCUUGAUUUAAAAAAUAUAUAUAUAUAUAAUAAAAGCCAUUAUGCCAUGCACACUUAAAUCAUAUGUGUUUAAUGCUACCCCUCUGAGCAAUAGACGGCUAUUAGAUAUCUAGUUUUAUUUAGACCUAAUUUCAACCGUCUAGAUUCUGUAUAUUUUUAGAAGCUUUUUAAGAAGCUUUUUUAUAUUUUAGAAGCUAUCGUUAUCAGCUGAAUUUCAGCACAGCUAAUUUAUAACCCAACCUUUUGAAAAUACUAAAAAAGAAAAAAAAAAAGCCUAACUUUUUAAAUCCAUAGUCCAUUGAGCAAUAGACGGCUUUUAGACAUCUAUUUUUUUUUUUCAUCCUAAUUUCAACCGUCUAGAUUCUGUAUAAUUUUAGAAGUUGCACUUUAACCCGCUUUUCGAUAACUAUUUAUCUCAAAAAGCAACUGUGAGUUGCGCAACUGAUCUCCAAGUACUUAACCAAAAUAAUUAUGAUAGCCAUUGAGCAAUAUACAGUGUAGUAUAGAUAUAGCCCAGAUUUAGACUUGGUCUAAAUUUAGACAUCUAAAGAAACUUUCAUUUAUAGACCUGUGGUAGCCUGAUUUAGACCAGUCAUCCAGGCCACGUUUAGACGUCUAUUAGACCUCUUUUAGACCAAAAAAUGCUCAGUGGGACCCGUCUCAGCUUUGGUGUUGUGAAGUAUGCUCCACAGUUUAUUUCCUCUGUUCUCAAAGAGCAGAGCAGCUUUCACACUCAGGCACAGAUAUUAAGUCUUGAUCGUAUCCAUUUUGCUCUUAAAAGCCCUGCUAGUGGAGCUUGAGAGUCAAGGUGACAGAUUCUCUUUAGAAACCUUGGAAUAAUAAAUCUAAUUCUUGUAUAUUUGACAGCAUUUCUUCUAUUUACAGUUUCUGUUGUACUGUAAAUAAAGUUUAUUAUCAUUGUGUGAUAUCAGGAAUUAAUCUGGUCAAGAUGGUAAAAGAAAUGGCUGAUUAAAUCCCUUAAAUGCCUGACAUUUUAGACUCAUGCAUCUUUAUUUCUCGCUCUUCCUUCUGCCUCCUAAUGCCCCCCUCUCUCUCUCUCUCUCUCUCUCUCUCUCUCUCUCUCUCUCUGCUCUCUCUGCUCUCUCUGUUUUGCUGAUGGAACACAGUAAUGCUCUCACUGUUGUUUUAUAUCAACACACAUUCACUCACUCACGCACACAAACAGCUACACACCUGAGCUCAGCAGACAGGCUGAGUGGGUCGGAGAGGGAGUGAGCACAGAGAGGGGAAUGAUAUGAUAUGUGGUUGAGAGGAUGGCAGGUGAGAGCAAGGAGUGAGCGAUAAACUGACAGAGAGAGGGAGAUAGAGGGAGUGAGUGAGAUGGCUGAUGCAGAAGUAUAAGGGAAUGAAGGAAAAUUUAGUAGGGAAAUAAAAAGGAAAAGAAAAUGAGUAAGACAAAAGGUGAUGGAGUAGGUUUGUAGGAUAAAAGAGCGCAUAUUAAGAGGGAAGAAGUGGGAUAUAAGAUGGGCAGAUCAAUCUUUACACUCAGAAUCUAUUCCUGAUUCACUGACUUUAUUUAAAGGGUUUACCAAAACUCUGUUCAGAGAGAAAAAAAACCCUAAAAAGUUUCGGAAACUGAAGCAGUGAAGUAUCAGGACGCUAUAUGAUGAGUCAGACGUGUGUGUGUACAUUUGAUCUGUCUAUAAAUUGCACUGCAGAGAGGGGAGGAGUGAAUCUGUAGGGGUGUAUGAGAGGCAGUGGAAAGCAGGAAGGCGGAAAAGCAGCAAACUGAGAAGUGAAGCCUCAGUUCUUCUUUGAUUGCUCUGAGCACAAACUGGCCCAGAGAGAUGGACCAGGUCGGUACAGCUUUUCCAGUCAGGGCCAAUAAACAUCACGAAAAGGAAUCAUCUUGAAGGGCUUUCUAUGUGAUCUAUAAUGUAUAAUACAGUGCCAUGGAUUUAUUCUAUAUCACUGCCAAGUAUGCAUUAUUAAUAGGCUGCACAGGAUGGCCGUUGUAUGGUGAGGUGCACUGGUAUAGAUGCUGUAGGCCACAUAGCAUGACAGAAAAACAAGAGUACCUCCGACAGAAUUGAAUAGACACUCUUGAAAAAGUUCUUGACCAUCACCAGUGAGAAAGAGAAAGACAAGUAUGACAUGAUCAACUGUAUUAUUUAAAUGCAUAAUGCACCUUUAUCUAAUGUAGGAUGUAAAGACAAAACAGUUCUUUGACAGCCGUGGACAUAUUCCACUGGUGUAGCCAAAGCAUGAAACAGUCUGGUUGACAGAGCCACAGGACCAAUCAAACCAUCCAAUAACUAACAGGGCUCUCACUUUUCAUCCACAAUUUAAACCUUUGUUGGAACUUUGUGGGAAAAGUUCAUAUGUGGACUAUAUGGUUCUGUUCGAACUCAUCCCACUGAGCAAUAGACGGAUGUCUAUUAUUUUUUUAGACCUAAUUUCAACCGUCUAGAUUCUGUUUAUUUUUAGAUGGAAUUUAGACGUUGCACUUUAACCCAUUAUACUUGUACUAAAACCAAAAUAAUUGAGAUAGCUGUUGAGCAAAAUACAGUGUAGACCUCUGUUAGCUGGCUAGUCUAAACUUGGUCUAAAUUUAGACGUCUAAAAACUUUUAUUUUUAGACCUGUCAUCUAGGCUACAUUUAGACGUCUAUUAGACCUCUUUUUUUGACCAAAAAUGCAGCAGGAUGCCUAAAAUGGCUAGCAGCAUGAUCAGAACUUCAUCAUUUGAGAUUGGACAGCUGAAGAAAGAAAGAUAUACAUUGUGAGGAGAGAGUGGGGUAAGACAUGAAACAAAGAGAGUCUGCUUUCCAUUAUUUAAACAGUAAAUGUUUAUUCUAACUUACUUCAGUCAUUCUAGCAACAGGUAGAGAUUUGGACUCGAGGGAGUUGCUGUUUUCUUUAUACUGAAAUCUUAUCUCAGUGUGCCUGAAGUGUGUUUGUAAUGCCCCCGUAUACUGGCUCACCAUCAGUCUCUCUUUGCUCAGUCAGAUUUUGUCUUACCUUUGUGUUUGUCUUGGGUAUGUUUUACUCUGUUAUCCUUUCAUGUACCGCACGCUCCCUGUCACCCACAUAACACUGCACAACAUACUGCAUCAUCAGCAAAAAUGACCUCCUGGAGAUGUUGACAUGCAGUAGAUGAAAUAAAAAAUCACACUCAGAUGAGAGAUGCUAGGGUGAUAAAACUUGAUUUGGAAACAUGGUUACCAAAUGUUGUUUUUUUGUCCUAAAUCCUCUCAGCCACGUUGGCAGGAGCCCUGGUCACCACACAGCGUAAUGGGUGUAAAUUUAAAGUGUGAGUCAUUGUAGAAAAACAGCAACAAAAAAAUGGCUGUUAGAUUGAGUGGGCUGAUGAGCUAAUAGCUUCCUCUGGUGCUGGUCCUUGUCUUUGUUUCCAGCUAUUGUCCUGGUUUUACUCUCAAAUUUGAACUAAUACAGACUGAGUUCAAAUUUUGGCAGUAAAGUGGCAUUUUUGUCUGCUGCAAUGUGGUGUUUUAUAAUAAAUGCCAGUGUUAUGGACUUAGUCAGGGUUGAAUUUUCAGACCAACCAAGUGAAAUCUAGAGCCCCCCAAAAUACAUCAUACACACAAUCAUACACACAAUGUGAUACCAUGAUAGCUGCUCCAAACCAGCCAUGUUUUCCUCCUCAGUUCACACCACUGCACAUGACAGAGCAAGACACACAUGGGGCACAUUAACCUCUCCCUAUCACACAUAAACUCUCUCACACACACACAUACACACACACAUACACAUAUUUCCUCAGGGAAACACCAGCUGGGGCAUGCAGAGUAUGGAGUUUCCAUGGCAACUGCAUCUAUAGGUGUGGCAUUGCUGAGUCGACAGGGAGUGGGGUGCAAAUGUGUGUGCUCAUGUGUGUGUUUUAUUUCAUGUGUGGUGGUUUUCUAAGUUAUUUAGUUUAAGAUAUGUAAUUGUGAGAUCAUUCCAUCUGUUCAUUAUUACAGCUGUAGUCUGGUCAUUAACAAGACUGACAGAAAACAGAGAUCUGCUGACAAGCGUGCUCUUAACUGGCUCUCUGCUGCAUGCUCAUUCUUAUGCAAUCGCUGUCCAGACUAUAGUCAAGUGAAAAUGAGAAGAACUUUGUUUCUUCUCCUCAUAAGUCAUGUUUCUUACUCACUUGGACAUUAUAGAUUUGAGAAAUCAACCAUCUGAUUUAAGCUAAUGUGCAAGUAUUUUCAUGUGGAGGAGAUAAGACAUUUCUACAUAAAGGAAUAAUCUGUUUCUGCUGUUUGGGUUCAUCAAGAGUUAACCUAUAGUGACAUACUGCUGCAUCUCCUCUGCUGUAAAUAAAACUCCAGGAAUGUGAGCGUUUAGUUGGCCAAACAAUGCCAGUUGGCACCAGAUGUAUUUGUCGGUUAACUGAAUAAUUUAUGUUUUCUUAUUGUACGCCCACAUAGCUGGUUAUAUGUUGUCUUGGCUAUAGCUUUAGCCCCGGUCAAGCUACGGCUGUGGCUUUAGCUAGUGGUUUAUAGUAUGAUAAAGCUGGUAGUGUCUUGUUGUGGAGUGGUUUGGCAGUAGUCGUCUCCUUUUGACAAAAAAAUCUCAUCCUGCUGAUUUUUACCAUCAAAUGUAUCAUUUCGUCACCAUAUUAAAAUAAUGGCCCUAAGUCAUUUUUUGACCAGAUGAGUUUUUCUUUAAAAAAGGACUUUUUUUUCGUCAAAGCUGAAGAUUAUGCCGUGAUCCUUUCAGCUAAGGAUUUAGGUGAUUUUACUAGAGAUGGCCAGCAUUAUCAAGAGAUGAUUUAGGCCAAAAACUCAUUUUGGUCAAAAAAUGACUUAGGCCAUUUAAUAGGGUGAUGAUUUGUUAAAAAUAUUUCCAUAGAAAUGAUAAAACUAGGGCUGUUUUUCAUUUGCUUGGCUGACACCUGCCCCUCACACUGGUUUUAAACGGAUGACAGAGAAAUUGUCAAUCUUGUCCCUGGUGCCUUGUGGUCUUAUUCACGUCUGUGUAUCAUGAAAAAGUAUUAAUAUGAACGUCAGUUUAUUUCAUGAUUGCCACAAACCUCCUCAUAGGAGCUUUGGAGGCGUGUGCAGGUUGUGUCUGGUUGUACUUACCAAAACUUUACAAAGCUUUGGCGUGUGGACAUCAACCUGACAAGGUGACCACGGUGAGAUUUCACAUUGUUUACCACAGACUCUGUGAUCAUGUGUACAAAAUGACAAGAAACAAUCAGUCUUGUUCCUGAUAGUUUUGUUUGCAUGUGGAUAUGAUGAGAGGGGGUCAAUAUGAAUUUCAUUCUGUUUCAUAAAUGGUAUAAAAUCCUCACUCCUUACUUCAAGAAGGAUCAACCUCAAAUAUGCAGCAGAAUCUGACAGUUUCUGUCCAGAGGCUUUAAUUGCUUUUUCCUUAACUGUACAGUCACCAUUUCGUACCAUGUGAGACAGAAAAAGUGCUGCUUUAGGACCUUUUUUUUAAGCCAUCAAACUCUCAUUAUUUUCACAAAGGCAGCAAAUGUGUACCGGGAUUAAAUUAACUUAUUCAAAUGUAUAUUUGACUCAACAACCAACACAAUGAAGCCAUUAUUGGAGGUCUAUUCAGGCUAACACAAAGCACUUAAAGGAUACACCAACUUAUGAUUGCAGCAGACUGAAAAAUGUGACAGCUUUCUGCAACUGAGUCCUGCCUGCUUCAAACCCUCAAGUACAAAAAAAGCACUGAUAUAAUGAAAUCCAUAAAUCCCUUUUUGAGAAAGCUUUGGCUGAAAAUAGAUUGCUCAUGUAGGAUUUAAUCUCUCAUAAUAAGUCACUGAUUGAGUUUUUAAGGCCUAAAAGCUGACAUGCUAAGUUUAGACUUAGUCAUCAACAUUCUGCCAUCAAGUAAUUUGGCAAGUCUAUAAGACCAAUGCAUGUGUUUGCGUUACAUAAUAUGAUAAUUACAGCAACAGAACACAUGUGGUUACAUUGCUGGGUCUUAAGUAGAAGUGUGAAAGUAACACAAAUUGAAUUAGGCUCAUUAAAGAUGUCGUAUUUGAUCCACAGGAACAUCUUAAUUGAUAGUGUGUAAUCUUUAAUCAGUGUCUGUAUCACAGUCUGGAUGACAUCAGCAUUGCAGUCAGGUACUUUAAAAAACUGAACACAUCAUCGGUGCACUUAGCAAACUGAAACUCUGUCAUCCUUAUUUGUACCUGCUUGAACACUUGUGUCUGUUUGUGUGUGCGUCAUGUGCUACUCAUGCACUCUUACGUCCCGUGUGCUAAAUUGAUGUUUUUUUUUCCCCACUCACAAUUCUGAGUCUGUGUGUGUUUUUCUGUGUGAAAGACAGAGAGAUAGUGUUUUGCCUAAAGGCUUACUUAGUGAAGAAACCGCGGGUCAGGAGGCGAGGGAGAGACGUGCAGUUAGGAGGCGAACUUCACAGUCAAACAUCAUUAAAAUCUCCUCUUUCUUUGUGUGUGUGUCUGUAUGUGUGCAUAUGUGUCAGUGUUUAUCUGCUCGUGCUUGUUUGUGGGGAAAAAAACGCUUAAAUUGUUUUUUGUUUUAUAUUUCUAUGAUGUCAAGGUUGCUUUUUUUCUGUUUUUCCCCCUUUUUAUCAUCGCCAACACGCUGUCAAACGCACACAGAAGUUUCUGUAAAAGACCGAGAUAAAUGAGGCAGAAAAGAUAUGAUUCAAUUCACAGAAGUGACAACAUCGUGGAUUCAUACUGACAAUAAAGACCUGCAUCCAGCCUUAUAGGGCAUUUCAGCCUCAGCGUAUGGAUAUUUGUGUUUCUCUCUCUGUUAUAGCUUUUCCAUCAAAGUGCUGAUAGAUGUUACCCACCAGGUUGAUUAAACAGAGAGAAGAGAGAGAGAAAGAGCUGCAGUUGGUCUACAAAGCAGAGACGAGAAUCAGAAAACGAAGUGAUUCACAAAAGAAGAGACAUUGAAAUAUAAAUGACAGAGCCAGAUGAGGACAGAAAGAGAGAAAAAUAUAACUCUUCUCAUUUAUGAUUGCUAGGGAGACUGCAGGAGGUCGUGACUUUAAAGCUGUGUUCAUUGAAUAAAGCAUCACAUAUGACUGACAUUAUUGAUGUCAUUUUAUACACAAAACCCAAUUUGUCAACCACACUUCAUAAAAGAGGGAGAUCAUUCUGAUUAAUUUGCUAUAUUUCCUAGAGAUGUAACAGCAUUUAGAUGUGAUCUGUGUCAUAUCAGCACUCACAAGGCCAAUGAGAAAUGCAUUCGACAGUAUAUAAAAUCUAAGACAUUAUCGGUAUUAUGCUGCGUUCGAGUUACCACAGAAGUCAGAUGUGGGAGCUGAAAAUGACGUCACACUCGAGUUACCAGCAAAAUUGGAGGCCUGAAACAAGAUGGUUGCAUCUACGAAAGUUACUAUAGCACUUGCCUUAUAUUCGGACAAGGCGAGCGCUAAAAUAACUUUUUCGUGGAUGUAGCCAUCUUGUUUCUGCCUCCAAUUUAGCUUUUUUCCGAUGUGGUAACUGAAACGCUGGGAACGUCAUUUUCAGCUCAGACAUCUGACUUCCGGGGUAACUCAAACGCAGCAUUAGCAUCAGUCUUUGAAAAACUGAUAAUGGAUGGCUACAAUUACUUACCACAAAGUCCAUACUGUAGGGUGGGCUGGUACACAAGACACAGUGUGGGUUUUUGAAGGUUCCCCCUGGUUAAAUAUAAGGUUUAAGCUCACUUGACUUCUUUUCUACUAUCUAAUGCUUUAUAUUUUCACCCCACUGUUAGUAAUCCUGCAAGCCACCAGAGUGGCAGUCGAGCUCAGCUAAAGGCAACUUUGGAGGCUAUGAAGUGCAGACCCACAGCCGGUGAAUACUUCACCACACCAACAACCUCUGGUGGUAGGAACUUGUGUUGAGCAGUCUUAUCCGAUCAAACAGCUUCUCUAGGUUUAUGUCCCUAAGUAGUUAACCACAUUUUGUCUUAAAUGCAUCAGUGUCAACUAAGGAGGGAGAAGCUAUGAAAAAAUUGUGCCGCCAAUCAGAUCAGGCUCACUUUAAAUCCAGCGUGCUGAGGUUGCCUGAGUCUUUACGGGUAAAGUAUGAUGAUGGAAUAAUAAUAUCUCUGGUGUAUAAUACAUUGGCAACAACAAAGGUAUUAAAAGUGAGUCUCAUACCCCAGAUUUUACAGUUUUUAUCCGAUAAGAUACAGCCAGAAAUGACACCUCACACAGAUUUAUUUUUUAAAGUAAGACGGGAUACAUCUGAUGAUCAUCAUCCAUAAAUAAAACAUCAUCUAACUCCUAAAAUCUAAAAUCUGCAGAGGCCUUUCUGGCUUAAGCUUGUUGAGAACACACUAAGAAGUAGCUGAGACGAUUGUACUUUCUGGCUAUGGUGCAAAAGUAGCCCCAAAGGGACAUUUUGGGCGCAUCUAUUUCUUUAUUCAGCUUUUUCCAUCCUGUCAUUCCUGUGACUGUGCUUGAAAUUGAGUCAGCACUCUGAGUAGAGCUCAAGGGACAGAACUGAUAACUCCAAAGUUAAAAGAAAGCCAAGACUAAGCUAAUGGAAAAGGCAGAGAAAAGAGUGCAGUACAGAUAAGAAGAGAGCACCCAUGCUGGGCAGAGCAGCACUGUCUUCCUGCAGUCUCAGUGGGAGUGUAUCUGUAUGUCAUAUCCUGUCCACCAGCUGUCACUCAAUCCAGGGGGUCUUUUCUCUGACUGCACUUUGAUUGACAGCUCACAGCAGCACUGUGUGUGGAUAUAUUUCUGCAGUGAUAAAUAUAUAAAUAUAUCACAUCCAGCUGCCUCUAGGGGUGAACGCCCUCUGUGUGUUUCUUUGUGUAUGUGUUGGUCGAGACACUCAUUCAUAAUGACAGUAGAAGGUCACUGUUGUGAGUCUCACGUUUUUUUUCUGUCUUUCCUGGUCGUCACUCUCUAUGUCUGAAGCUAGUUCAUUGAUGCAGACUGAUAUUAUUUUGAGGCAUCACAUAUAUACAUUUUUUUUUUCAAUAGAAAUGGAUUAAUGAAGGAGUUUUUGGUGACUCCCAAAAAGGGGCGGAGCCAGUGUUGAUUUGCUGUCCUCAUUACUUUGAAGUACGACAUCUCAUAAAAAUGAUGUUUGUCAGUCAGAUUUGUAAGAACCAUCUGUUACAAUCUGUCAGGGAAAGUUGAAGCAUCGUUGUGACCUGUGAGGUAAAUGUAGUAUGAGUGGCCACUAGAGAUGGGUGAUAUGGGCUAGAAAAUGUAUCAUGAUAAGAUUUGCUACACUGGUGAUAACGAUAAAAGUCCCGAUAUAAUUUAUGACAGGGUUUCCCCUGCAUGCUAUUGAUUUUGGCGCACCGCUGAAUGAUUCUACUCGCACUGUGUGAGCACAACACACGUUACUUCCGACUAGUUAUGAGUCAUCACAAGGGCAUCAAAUUCUGUUGGACCCUCUUCUAUCAACGUGAAAGGAAAUUUCAAGCUUAUACACGGUCUAUAUGGCUAGUAGCAUUAAAUAAGUGGCAUCAUUAUCAAUGCGGCACUAAUAAUUUCUACUCGCACUGUGUGAGCACAACAACACACAACGUUGUUUUCGGCUUAUUAUAGUUAUCAACGAGCGCAUCAAAUCCUGUUGGACCCUCUUCCACUAACGAGAAGGGUAACAUUAAAGCCUAUACACAGUCUAUAUAGUGAGUAGCGCGGGUAACGUAACGUGAAUGUAACAGUGUAGCUCCAGGAGCGGCGGAGGGGGGUAACAAUGCCCCCUGCUGGACAGCAGCAGACUCACUGUCUGAUGUCAGGCAUACCUGAUUGUACUCAUCUAAGCCCCAAUCUUGAAGGUAAUCUCUCAUGUGGAGCCUCGUUCAGUAACAGGCUGCUCAGAAACGUCUUCUUCAUUACCUUCGGCCAUGUUUGUUUGUUAUUCUGUUCUGUGUGGGCUAUGGCUGCGAGUCCGUCGCUCGAGCUUAUGUCACUGACUUGCAUUUAUCGUAUUUAUCAUGAGAUAGCAAAUAUUUACUGAUGAUUUAUCACCCAUCCCUAGUGGUCAGAAGACCUGGGUUUGGACUGUACUCGACUGGAUGUAGAUUUCACAGUGAUAUUGUAAGGAGUUGUGAGUUAAAAGGAAAGUUGUCUGGAGGGAUUGGCUUUGGGAAAGGAUAUUUUAGUCAGUUUUUAUCAGAGUGAUAUUGAGCUAUGUCUUUGUCAUCAGAGACUUGUCCAGCGUGGCCGUAAAGAGAGUUUGUGAAAGUCUUUUGAAGGACGGCUCACUCUUCUAAGAAUCUGAGGGACAACUCUAUGAAGGCAGAAAGGACAAAUUUACUUACAUUACUUACAUUUACUUGGAGAUGUUCUGAGUCUUAUUUUUCAAUGCAGAGAACAAUGAUUUUAGAGUGAGGCCACGUUGAGACAGCAAAAUAAAGGUUUCAGCUGCUGUUAAAAGUCAUCUCAUAGAAAUACAGCAUUCACUUCAGCCAGUCUGGUGCGGUAUUUUCUUUAAGGUGCAGCUUAUUUCUUGGAGUAAAAUGAAGAAAUGGAAAUGAGGAGUGGUUGGAUCUGCUUAUUUCUCAGUUAACAGGAGAGUUGCACCUUUUCACAGCAUGUUAUUUUGCCUCUUUCUCCACACUGAUUCCUCCAUUUGCUGAAAUUUCGUAGUACAUGCUUUAAUAUGCAACACAGAAUAGACAAGACCUUAAACGCACCACUCACCUUUCUUUAUUGUAUCAUUGCAGAAGUAGUUUCACCGACUUUAAUUCAAUGCUACUCUCCCUUUUUAGUCUAAACAAUAAGGUCUAAUGUUACCAGCACUCCCUCUGAUGCUUGUAUCAUUUUACAUGUGUGUUAAAGAGUCUUAUAUCCGUGUGAAGCAGUUUGAAUGUAACUGGAAUCAGGCUGGAGGGCACAGAGGGAUUAUAACAGUCUGGAGAGCUGUGAUAUCGGACACAUACAUACACAUAAACCCUCAUAAUGCGCUCGUGCAUGUGCAGGAGUGUGUAUAAUAGGAGAUAGGCGGCUACGAGGGUCUUCAUGCCUUAAUCCUGGUCCCUCUCCCCCAAAAGAGAGGGACAUGGAGUCGAGGGAGGGCAGAAAGAGAAGAGGUGAAAGAGAAAUGAGAUCAAGGGAUAGAGGGGUUUGUCCAGAAAUGACCCUUGACCCUGGUGUGUGUGUGUGUGUUAGUGUGUGUGUUAAUGUGCACACAUGACCCCAAGAGGUGGGUCUGCCCCACUCUGCCGCCACCAUGACUGUGGGCGUUUCCAUGACGACAGGGUUAGAGGCUAGCCCACGAGCUGCAAAAGAAAAAAAGGUGCAUCCUGACAUGAGCUGAGAUCUAAGUGCGGCGGUCUCUUUUGAGCACAUUCCUCUCUUUUCUUCCUUUUCUCUCCUUGAUUUUUCUCCGCUUUCCACCGUGGAGACUUAAUUUUCCUCCCUUCAGGUUUUUUCUACUUGUCAGCAAUUAUCUCCUGUUUCAUUUCUCAUUCAUGCCGUUGCUCUCCUCCGAGUUGUUUGUUUUUUUUGUUAAGUUGCAUCCCUUUUUAAAUUGCUGCUGGUGGUACUUGGCUUUGUGCUCCCUCCACAAGAAUUAGCAAACAAACUAGUCCAAGCACAAACAACAACAUGCUGAUUUGUGCUCGAGUUAACGCCGUAUCCCGCUGCGUCGCGCAUUGUAAAUACCUGUGGCUGAAUAUUUCUGACUUAACAUCAAACACACGCAACGAUGAGGUUGAAAGCAGUAAGUUUCAGUUUAAUCUUGUUUUCCCAAUUAAAACUGCACGCUUGCACACUGAUUCAAGUAUGCAAAAUGAAGGAGUAUAAAUAAACAUAACAAAUUCAGAGAGUAAGAGAGGGUAUGACAAAACCAAAAUCCACACAACAUUCAACAAGGCGUGUGUGCAAAAUAUAUGUAUAAUUAUGUGCAUACGCUUAAAAUCCCCCCAAUCAUCAUCCCUUUUAAAUAUUUUCCUUUUGGGCUUCUGCUCUCUUAUCACCCUGAUGGUAAACGAGAGCAGGUGUCAGUUUUCUUGCAGGGAGGGUAAAGGUGACGGUGUGGUUGGUUGCAGCCAUUUAAUCAGCUUUAAGGAAUAAAAGCAUGUUGGUGUCGAUUAAAUCAUGGAUCAUACUCUAAUGUCAUAUGUUUGUCAGUGUCACACAUGAACACACUCCUAAACUGAAUAUCCUAGACUCUCCCCCCUUCCCUUAUCAAAAGAUGGCACUACGUUCAAGAAAUCAAAUCACUUUAUGAACGAUUAAUCAAGUACUCACAAAUUUCCACAUUUUUUAACCUGUCAUGUAGGUUUCCUAAAAAUAGGAAAAAAGAGUGUUACAAGAAAAUAACAGAGGGAAUCAAUUUGAAAUAAGACAGGAUCAUAUAAAAUACUUUAGUACAGGCUUUAUCUCAUCAAGUGUUGUAAGUUUUUCUUGAAAACCAAUUUUGUGCUUGAAUUUUUUACAUGAUACCCUGUAAUGGCUCGAUAGGUAAAAGUAGAUUUGAGUGGUUCUCUUCUUGGUUUUGGUGGUUCAAUGUAUCCAGAGCUGGCUUGUCUCGUCGUGUAGUUAUGUAAAUUUUGUGUAUAUUUAACUUAGUCAUAUAAAUGCUGUGGUCUCUAGUCCAUUAAAACAUUACAGAAAAAAGUGAUAGUACGAAAAUGUAAUCUAUUAUCAACAGGAAGCCAUGAGAGCUUUCUGUGCAUUUCCGUGACAUUUAAAGGACAGUGAUGACAGUUACAAGUUCUCGAUUACUCAAAUAUUUGUCCCCAUCCCUGCCCUGAUCUAUUCUGCUAAAUAAAUGCUGUAAUGAUUUUAAGCCUUUCUUUCUUUUACAGAUGCUCUUAAAUUUGCUUCUGUGAUGUACGAGCUAACCCCUGAAAAUAUACAAGAGCACCAUCCAUUAAUAUUGCUACCAAUGUACUCACACACUGAAUGCAUAUAAAUGCACGCCCACAUGGAUGAUUGCACACCCACUUACACUCUGCAUGUGCGCAAAUGCACACACCAAUCAGUUUCUCCAUUGCCUCCUUAGGGAAGCAAACUCCUGCAUCAGCUGCUAAAUUGUCCAAACUAUCUCAUCUGCUAAUGGGCUACCUGUCUUCCUGCAUGUCUGCCUCUCCGUCUGCAGUAAUGAGUUCCUGUCUGUCUGUCUGUCUGUCUGUUUGUCUGUCUGCCUCCCUGAAUGUCUGAUGUGUUGUCUGGAUGUGUGUGGGUUGAGUCUUUCUGCUACCUGUCUGCCUCAUUGUCCAUCUUUCUGCUGGAAGCUGUGUUUUGAUCUGACAAUCUGCUGCUCGGUCUGGCUGCUGUGUUGAUGAGCCCUCUCAUGGUGACACCAUCAGUCUGUUCUUAUUUCAUUGGAAUUUUGAUCAUGUGCUUGUGUGCUGCUACUUAACCCAAGGGAGAAACACAGCAUGGAUAAAACAAAAAGGGAGCCUGCAAACAUCCUGGUUUGUACUGAAGGAUGUUCUCUGCAACUAGCUUAGAUGUACAUGAAAAGAAGUGGACACAGAAAUAUAAGUAUGGGCAGAGCUAGUCAGAGUAACACUUAGAAUCUUUAUGUUUUAACCCUAGAACACAUGUUUACGUGAUUUUCAUUAUGUGGUGUUUGUCUGGGGGCAGCACAGUGGUGUAGUGGUUAGCACUGUCGCCUCACAGCAAGAAGGUCAUGGGUUCAAAUCCGGGUCAUGGUGUUUCUGUGUGGAGUUUGCAUGUUCUCCCUGUGUCUGUGUGGGUUUACUCUGGGUCCUCUGGUACUCGUACAGCCAGUUUGGUAUUUUCGUGAACUGAGGCGAGGAGGGGAGCUAAUGUUAUUGAUCAAUACAGGUCUUGGCUGUGUUAAACCCACUCCACGCCCUCUCUCCUCCCUCACUACGACUUAUGCCGCUGGGAGGAGCUGAGUUAGGGAGGGGGGAUACUUACGCCGGGCUGCACCGCUCACCAAAAUACCAAAUUGUGAUUGGGAACGCCUUGUUGGCGCGGCAGACCUGACUUAUGCCGCGUCUGCGCCACGUCGCCGACGAAGCAUGAAAAUAGAGCCCUAUAUGUCAGCCCUGCGAUGAACUGGCGACUUGUCCAGGGUGUCCCCUGCCUUCGCCCAAAGAUGCUAGGCUAGGCUCCAGCGACCCCAGGAACGGGAAUAAGCGGUAGAAAAUGGAUGGAUGGAUGUGUUUGUCUGAGUAUCAUGGGUCCCUGGGUAGCUUCAGCAUUGCCUUUGACAUCUUUGAAGGCAUGUUUGUUUCCCUGAUCCAAAACCCGCUUUUUCCUACAGGCACGUGUUUGUGUGAUUUUCAUCCGGCAAUAGUGAUGGAGGGUAAAGUAGGUUUGGGUCGAUUAAAUAGCUGUGUGUGGGUGACUAAGGUCAGUAAGAGUGGUCCUGGAAUUUGCAUGCUAUCUUUAUUUAGCACAGUGGUUAUGAAUAACUAUCACAAAGUAGUGAUUUUCGAGGGAAUUCAUAUAGUGAUAAGAAAUAUUUUAGUCAGCUGGUCAUUUUUACUCACUCAAAAUAUGUCAUAUUUUGGUUCUCUCUCCUGUCAGCUCUUAUUGUGCCAAAGACCCUGAGUCUUCACCAGGGAAGACUCACAUGCCCCAGCAAUGGGUUGAAAAGAAACUAAGUUUAUAUAUUUUGGGGGAACGCCUAAUUUCAGUUAUUUUGUUGCACUUUUAUAUGGUCCCCUCAUGGCACCCCCCCCCCCCCCCCCAUUAGACAUUUCACAGUCAAAAAUAAAAGAAAACUACUUAAAUUUGUCAUGUAUGGUCCUUUUUUUAAAUAAAUUUUGAUAACAAGUACUUCUUCUUGGGUAUAUUAUUUCGGGUAAAAAUCACCCAGCGAUAGUGAUGGUGUUACUAUUUUAGCGAUAGCGUUCUCGGGUUAAAACAGUGAAAGGAAAAACAGUUUAAUUUCUGUGUUUGUACCACUGAAGAAGCCAGGAGUGAAGCUUUGAGAAAAUAACUAUUAACAACGAAACUGUGACUCACAGACAGAUUCUUUUGACUAAAGUCUCCUACAGGGGCUGUAUUCAACUACAAAAUGAUCACACUGGUUUUCAGAUGUAUUGAUUGAGGGAAUUUCUGCUCUAUUUCUGAUCUGAACACACAGUUUACAGCUCAAGUCCUGAUUGGACUGUAAGUAUUGUAACACGGGGCUGAAAGUCCUUGACUGCUGAUUGUUAGCUACACUGGAAAUACAGAGAAGGUAACCACUGUUCCUAGAGGCAUUCGUGGCUGUUAAUGGACACCUGAUUGGUUCAGAGAUUAGAGUAAUGCUUACAGUGAUUUGAGUUUAAUGAAGGAGAUAAGAGUCAAAGUGUUGAUACUUUGUAAGAAAGGCUCUUGCUCCAAGGUUGUACUGUCAUUGUAUACUAAAAGGCCAAACUCCCCAACAAUAAUAUGUUGCUAUAGCAACUAAGGACACAGCCUUGUGGGAGUACAAAAGUGACACACACCUAGUCAUUGUUAUUAUAAGCCUAGUUUCCCAUAUACCUCCGAUUGUACUUUCCCUUUGUGUCUUUGCCUUUACCACCAACACAUUUCUUCUGAAUAGACUUUUAUUUCACUCUUAGCUCUUUUGUCCCCUGGAGUGCCACUCUGGUUCCCCUCUGAAUUUGAUUAUUUAUUUUUAUAACAGAAUGUUUCUGCCAUUACCAGACCCAGUCUCUUGAGUUGAGCCGCAAUUGCAAACCAGCUUACAAUAUGUGCGAACAGCCCCAAAGAGUAAUUUCCCUGCAAUAUCACCAUGUGGUGGAUUUAGAUUGAGGGCUUCCAGAGUGGGUUUGAUGCAGACCCUCCACACCCCCUCAUAUGUCAGAAUACAAUCCCUCUUUCUGCUCUGCUCCGUUAUUGUCUGUUCAUUUUCUCCCUCCACUCUUAACACAUCCUGUCUGAUGUCAGCCUAUUCCAUGAACCAUAUCAUAAAUAGAGCCCCACUGACAUUUCAAUUUGCCCCAUAACCCCCUCAUAUAUAUGUACACACACACACUCACACACACACACACACAACCACAGACACAUACGUUUGUGCACAAAGUUCAUCGUGGAGCAUCAGUUCAGUAGCAGGCCUCUCCUGGGUUUCCACAGAGACGAGGAAAAGCAAUAACUGCACACUUGACCCCUCUGCUCUUUUAUUGGCCCCUUCACACGCACGCACACACACAUUCACACACCUCAAAUCUAAUCUGGGAGAGUGAGCCUCCUUCCGUGAUAUUCCUGCAUCUUUUCCCCCCGGAGGAUUGGAGAGGAGGAGCAUAGGAGAGAGGAGGAAGUUAAUAAUUUCAUCCUGCAGCGACCUGGAGACGAUAAGAUCGAUUGUUUGGCUCUUGUAGUCUCCUUGUAUCACACACACGCACACACAUGCACACACCAACACACAGACACACACACUUGUUUGGAAAGGUGUAAUAACACCCUGCACACACGCUAAAAAAUCAUCACAGUUUCUCAUCCUUGCCUACACUUUACUGCAUCUCUCUUCGUCUUUCGCUUAAGUUUAGCUAGUAGCUGCAACUUUCUGAUUGUGAAGAGAGAGUGGAAGAUGAAAUGUGGGCAGGAGGGAAAAGAGAGGAAGAAAGAGAGAGAGAGGGAUUGAAGGAAAAUAUUAGGAGAAGCGACAAGCUAGCCUUAGCGACAAGCUUGUUUACUGUUUAUUUUGGUCUCCAGUCUCAUUUCUUCUCAUAUUGGCGGAGCGGAGAUGAUUUCCUUUUUUCAAUGUUUAUUCCUGUGUGGAUUCCUUGUGUUGUGUGGUUGUUUGUGCAAGAGGUUGUGAGUGCAUGUGUAUAUUAGCGAGCGUCCCCUGUUAGUCUCCUCCAAGCUCAUUUUUCUGAACUCAGUCUUUCCACAAUCAGCGGUUGUUACGGCGCGUUCAAGGUCCCAGUGCAAGAAUUCCUAUUUGUCUUUAUUUUCCACACAAAAACCUCCUAAGUAGUGCAGAUAAUUGAACAAGAAAAUGUUAAGUGCCCAUUGAAUCAUGCACACUGUGAGAACACUUUGUUUUUACUCUCAAAAUUCUAAUUGUAGAUUCACUGAAUCCUUUUGUUGAGAUCACCUGAGAAGCUGAAUUUUCUUUAGCAUUGUCCCCUGACAAAAACAGCUUUGUUUUCUUGUUCGUCAUCUCAUCUUUUCCCCUAACAGAUAUAUAGAGCUUUCUAAUCUGAAAUAUGAUCUUCAUGUUUGUGUAUUUAGCGUUUAGCCUUUCUGAGUGACCACACUCACACGCCAGAGCUCGGUCUCUGCAGCACACAAGGACAAUAAGAGAUUACUCGAGAUGAUUUCUGCCUCUUUGUAAUCAGGUCAGGGUCAAUAGGAUUGUUGGUGAGUUGAGGGGUCAUAAUUAUUCUGAUAAACCCAAAUCCCUGAAGCAAAUAGGAUCCAAAUAUCUGUGGGUUUUUUCUGAAAUAAAUGAAAGUCGCAAAAGGAUUUUGAAUUUUAAUCUAGGGUUGCAUUUCUCUAUCCAAACCACAAAAUAUAUGUGUGAUUAUUGACUCUUCGCUGUCCUCUUGUGAUUUUUUUUUUCAUGCAGUUCUCAAAGGAGAAGUACCUGCUGGAGUCUCCCCCUGAGAAGCUUCGUAAAGAGCUGGAGGAGGAGCUGAAACUGAGUGCUGCCGACAUUAGGAGCCAUGGCUGGUACCAUGGACACAUCCCCAGAGAGGUAAACACACAGACUGGAAUAAAAACACUGCAGGAUGUUAGGAGUCUACACACACACACACACACACACACACACACACACACACACACACACGAGCCCCAAAAAACUACUUUUCCAGUCUAUAUUGAACCAUGGAUGCUGUACAGAACUGAAUUAGCAAGAAUUAUGGCAUUCCUAAUGGAUGGGAGGACAGGUAAAUUGAGUUAUAUUGAUAGAAAUUUUAUUCAUCAGUGGUUUGGAGAUGUGACAGAGUUGUUCUUUUUUAUGUUUCAUUUUAUUCUACAUAACUUUUCUUUGGUAAGAAGCAAAGACAAACACUCUGAGAUGUUGUCACUGGCGAUUUACACAUGUAGAAGAAAGAAACAGACAAACUCAGAGGCGGAUUUGUCUAGAAUUGAAACAGCUGUUAGGUGAAGACGUAAUAUAAUUUGUUCACUUUCACAGCGAGUUUGUGCUUCAGAGGUUUGAGACAGAAACAAUGAGUCAGUGACAGCGUUGGCCUACUGUACGAUAUGCAGCAGAUCAGUCAGUUUAAUUCGUAGCUGGAUGCUGUAUUACACUUCUAGUUUAGCUCGAUGUUUUCAUUAAUGCAAAUGAAGUUCACCUUGUUCCACUUCAGCGCGACAAAAAAAAAAAAAACUAGAAUUGUGACCCUCUACCAUCAAGAAGCAUGAGAAUAAUAAGCCUCAGGUUAAACUCUGUGCCACAUUAUCUCAGUCCCUUUUGGAGUAAAAAAAAUAUUUCCAUGAAUAAAUAAAUAAAUUCUGAAAAUGAUGAACUGCUUCGACGGUUUGUAUUUCAAUUUCCUGCCUUCAUGAUAAACUUAAAAGCCAAAAUGAAAUAAGAUACAAAUACAAGCUUAAUAGUGUUUCUCUGUGGGUUGGUGUGCUUGUCACCCAAUAGUAAAUAGUAUUAUUAGCUGAGAGUGUAUUCGGCCAAAGUGCUUGGCUUUCAAAGCACAGUUCAAACACGUUUACACACAGAAUGACACUGAUUAAUGAAUCCCAUCAUCUGUCACAGCUCGGGAGAAAUUGCUUUAGCGCUCAGAAGGAGGGGAACCUCUGCCAAACAGACAGCUGUGUGUGUGUCGAUGACGAACGCAAUUGAGUUUCACAGCUGGUGACUGGGUCACACAUACACAAAAAAAAGCCUGCUCCACACAUACAAACGCAAACACACACGCACACUGUACGCACAUGUGGAGGGCGCUCAUUCAGCCACUGUCUCUCGAUCAACCUCUGUUCUCACAGACACACAUAAACGCAGAUUCAAAUCAGCCAUCUGUGAGUCUUCCCUCUUUUAAUUUACAUAAAAUAUUCAUUUAUUCAUGGAUUUGCCCCUUGAGUAAAGUUGGGGAAACCCUGAGUCCCCUGGUUACUAAAACAGUAUUUAACGUUACACACUCUCAGUGCACAAACAGCGGCUCCUUUGAUUUCUUUCAUCCUGCACAUUUUCUUUUUAUAGUGACGGACAUUGAUUGAUUUUUUUUAAAGCUUUUGCAGGAAACUUAGAAUCACGAACCUCUGCUUCACUAAAUUGUUAUUAAAUCAUCAUCUGACUCAGUCGAACAGUGGUGGGCUAAGAACCCAAAAGCCAGACUUGACUUAUGAGGAUCAUACCAGUAAAUCAUUUUAGUUUAAGAGAAAAUCAGCGGUUCUGAUAUUACUCAAGUAAAAGGCUUUAAUAGUAAUCAUAAACUACUACCGAAAGUUAAACUAAAAGUAAAUGAUAGUAAUAAGUCAGAAAUUUUAAAGGGUUAUUAACCAUGAACUAUCUAGACAUCACUUUGAGUUACAAAGACUUUAAAGUACGCAUUUUAUUUCUGAAAGUAGGAACAAGAAAUUAAAUCAAAUUCACAAACACAUCAAAUGACUGGAAGAAAAGUCCCCAGCUUUGAAUCAAGUUAUUGAAAAAACAAAAGUGGGCUCUGCGCUUCCCAGAGCACAUGACCUGUGUGUACGCUGCCCCCUGCUGGCGUGUGACACUCUGAAGACGCAGCACACUGCGUGCUUUGCUGCAUGAUAUAAAUCAUGCCUUGUUUCCUGUGCAGAGUGAUUUCAAAGCUUCUCACCUCCUGCGAUCAUCAGACAUUCCUUUGCAGAUGCUUAAAAAGGUGAUUUUGCUCAGUUUGAAAUAUUUGUCUCCCUUACUGCUUUGUUACAAGAUCAAUAUUGUGAUCUUUACUCCUCACAGAAACCAGACACACAUCUGAAGCGUUUGAUAUCAGCAAGAUGUACAGCCUGAAGCGCUUCCAUUGACCGGGAAUGAGAAGAUUGCUUUCCUUGAUUGCUUGUUUUGUCAAUACAUUCAAAACAACUUUCAUUAUUGCGACAGUGAGGCACUCAAUAAAAUGUGUCCUCAGAAAAUCAUCCUCAUCAGUAUUGCCAGCAUUUUAUCCAUCACUGCCAAUUCAAACAACGCACAGCACAGACAGUUUGGCAGUCAGAGAGAUAGUUGUGUUUGUUUAGAAACUGUCCUCCGGCAUGCUUAUGAAUAAUCCUGAUUGUCUAAAUUCAAUUAUUUAACAGUCAAAGUGUCAGAAACUAAAUAUUCACACUCCUGCUGUGCUUCAGUGAGCCAACCCUGCUGCUUGGAGCUUUUUCCCUCAUUUAAACCAUGUCCUUUUUUUCCUCCCUCUCUCUCUCGAGGUGUCAGAGACUCUGGUUUUACGUAAUGGAGAUUUCCUCGUGCGUGACUCUCUGACCAGCGUUGGCGACUACGUACUGACCUGUCGAUGGGAUAAUGAGGUGCUGCACUUCAAGAUCAGUAAAGUCCUGGUCAAGUCCAACGAGACAAAGGUGCGUAUUUAAGCUUUCACUGGCGCUCAAUACCUCUCAACAGCUACUUCUAUUCAGCUGUAUGCGGUCUAUUCGUAUUUGCAUUGAGACUCUUUUCAGCUGCCUUUGAAACAGACAGAAAUCAGCACUGAUAAGUCUUUCUGACCAACAAAAGCGAAUAACACCAUCAGGGAAGAGAAUGAGAAUGAGAGAAUGAGGAUUUCUACUGGGCUUUUUUUAUGUCAUUAAGUGUGGAAGAGGAAGUGGAAGUGAUGAAGUCAAACAGCCUUACUUUAACAUUUCUCAACAAACAUGUGCACAAGAACGGCUCUCAGGGGUGUCCCGAUACAACUUUUUAAAUUCUGAUACAAAACCGAUAUAGUAGCCUGCAGUAUUGGAUAGAAAUUGAUCUGAUAUUGAUACAAAUUUUUGCAUGACAAGUUUUGCUCUCAGCUUCAACAACUUUUUUGGACUUAAACAAAAAAUUCUACCACACAGCCGACAUCACUUCUACUCCUUAGUACUUUGUUAGUACCUUAGUACACACUGUUGUUGUGAUCACAUGGGCUCUGCAUGCUGGAUCCGGAUGCAGGCUGAUCUAAUCCGACAUUCAUUUUUCUGCUGAUAUCGGACUGAUAUCCGGUAUCAAUAUUGGAUCGGGACAUCCCUAACUGCUCUCAUAACAAAGGAAAUACUUAGCGAUGACUGGCAGACAGCAGAGAGCGGUGAUGUCGAAGCGGACUAACAGUUACAGUAUGCCCGAUUUUCCAUCAAGUCAGCCAGCCCCUAAUUAUGCCUUAUGAUGCAAAAGUUGUUGCCCUUAUACCUUCAAAAUAAAAGUAAAAAAAAAGUAUUUUUACCACAUUUACAGUGACUACUGAUAAGCGAAUGAGCUCUUCAGACCAGAAAUGUUUUUUUUUUGACAAGCUGUAAACGUGUUUAUUUGCACUGUAAAAAUUAAUAUUUUAACAUAGGUGUAAAUGAGGUCUCCUGGGCGUUUGAACCCAGCCCCAAGUGGACACUCUGGGUACGGUAGUUUUGGUACUUCUGUCUUGGCUUAAUUCUCUAGCACCUGAGGUUGCCGCUUGAUUGUCACGUUUUUUAAAGGCAACAAGUCAAGCCUUAGAGAAAUUCCCUUUAGUCUGUUUUAUAGAUAGUGGGACAAUGUUUUGCAGAAUAACAAUCCUGCACUGAAGAAAACUUGAAACUAGAAAUAGAGACAUCACAUUUCUUCAAAAGAUUGUGUCAUUCAUCUGAUCAAAGAGUGCGUUUUUUCUGUAGAUGAGCAUAUGCUUCUUUUGUUUAUUCCAUAGAGCAUCACAACGUUUUUGACAUCUGUGUUUUUUUGUUUGUUCUCCUCAGGUGCAGUAUGUUCUGGAGGCUGAUAGUUUUGACUCAGUCCAGGAGCUUGUACGGUUUUAUGUGGGCCAGCGCAAACCAGUCUCCCAGUCGAGUGGCGUCCACAUCUACUGUCCCGUUAGCAGGACUCUCCCCUUACGCUACCUGGAGGCCACCUUCGCUCUGGCCAACAGCAAGCAAGGCUCCGCCUACUCGCCGUCCAGUCAGAGAGGAGCGUACAUCAAGAGGAGGAGUGUCACCAUGACUGACGGGCUGACCACAGAAAAGAUGAUACCUCACAGGUGGGCCAGUAGAAACAAAUACAACUCUGUCCUUUUUUUUCCCAUCUUAUUUGUCGUUGUUUCAUUCUCGCUCUAUGUUGGGUCAUGAUCAGUGACCCGGACAGUCCCAGCCCAGUUCAGACGCCAGUGGCACCUCCAGAACCAGAGCCCGAACCGGAACCUGUGCCCAUCUGCAGGUUGUCUGUGUGUCGUGUUUGCGCACUAAUCUAGCGAACUUACCUCCCACAUUCCCCGCAGCCCCCUCACUCCACACUCACCUUCAGCACCUCCCAAAGCAUCCAGUCCUCUGAGCGAAGUUGACUCAUUCACUCGGCCACUUCAGCACUGGGUUGCUCAAGUUUCAAAGUUUCAACAAGGCCGUUUGAAACUUGAAUCCACAAAGAAGGAGCAGACAAAUCUGUUGUGUUACAGUGCAAAUAAAUGUUAUCCUCGCUGGGAGUAUGGAGAGGAGUUCAGCAAGCUGUCAAAGCAGGGGAUAAAACCAGUGCCAAUGAGACAGUGAGCUUUACAGAAAGCAAAGACAAGUGGAAUGAAACAUAUUUGGGCAUCAUUUUGGAAACUUUUCCCAGCGUUAUUAUGCUAAAAAAAAAAGAAAUUAUGCGCCUUAAACAUCAGUAGAGCUCAUCUUCUUCUGUGUGGCCAAAAAGUGCCACAUCCUCUGCUCCUUCUUUCAAGACCUCAGUCAUGUGCUCGCUCUGAAAUGACACAAGAACCACCAAGAACUAAAAAGAAAUGUUUCUAAGGUUUCACUAACUUUCCUGUCCUCUCUCAUCUUGAAGAAGCACCCUUCCUGAACACCUAAUGGAUCAUUUUGAACCCUAAACUGCACUGUUUUGUUUUUUUAUCUCUUUAAGAUAACGGUUACGUUUAAAACUAAUGUACAGAGAAUAUUAACACGAUGAAAAUACUGUUUUUGCAGCCCGUCAACAAUCCACCACCAUAAGGACGCAAUGCGCAACUGUGCGAUGAGCAUGGACCAGAUUCAGGAGUAUCGCUGCCCCUUGUCACCUGUCGGGGAAACCCCACUUUCUCCUGCAUACACUGCCAGUAAGUGGAAAAAACAAACACACUCAAAAACACAAACAAAUCCACACUCCGAGAGUCCGAGACUCAUCUCUGUUAUUCUUUAUAGUCACCAGGCAGAGAGCCCAUUCAGGUGGGCGGAUCCUUGCCGUCAUCCCGCCCUCUCCUGUAAUGCGGCGUUCCAGCGACCCUCAGCUCAGCCCCUCCACCUGCGACAACCCUCCAGAUCACCCCGCGCAUACCUCGCACUCUGCACACUCUUCGCCCGCUCAUCAUCCCAGCUUUCAGUCGCAUUCCUCGGAAACGGCAGGGAGCUACUGUGACCUCAGACCCUGCCCCGCUGGGCCCCCGAAACCCCCGACCAAGAGCUACGUGGAGAGAUUGCGAGUGGAAGAAGGGAGGCAGAAUGCAGUGAGGGGGGAAGGAGAGGGGAUGUUCAGCGCUCCACAGGUGGAAACGACAUCCUCAUUCAGACCAUCCAGGUAAAAGACACACAGAAGCACACAGUUUCUCUGUGCACUUCAGGGUUUCUCUCUCCUAACUGAAUGUAACGCUGUAAGAAGAGAACUUACAACCUAAAGAGCUCUCUGGUUAUUACUCCGGGAAAAUGACUUCAGAUGACAAGAAAGAAAGAAAUUCAAAUUUAAUUUAGAAGUACAUUAUAUGCAUGAAAUGCUUACAAGGUUUUCUUGCAGAGAAGACAGUUCCACCACUUUUUAUGCAAAAUAGAUGCUGCUGAAACGCCACCUUUCAUCAUUUGCUACAAAGACUAAAUACGCAUAUCAUUACAGUGCCGACCAAAAAAGAGAAGCACACAAGAACUUGUUUUGUAUUCACAAUGCACUUCCUCAUAAGUAUUCAGCUCCUUUGGUAAAAAUGAAUCCCAAAUAUGGACAAAUCCUGGAUACAAGUGACCAAGUAUCAUAAAUCACUUUGCUGCUGCCGAUAUACAGUAUUUAAAUACAUCAGUAAUGUAUAGGUUUACUUAUCCACCUCAGCAUAGGUAUACAUUAUUAAGAAAGUAAACACUAUUAAAAAUGUAAUGAAAUAAAAGGGCACUUAAUGACAAACAGACUAAAUCAAUAGAGCAGCACUAAUGUAAGCAGUUAUUGUCCAGGACUGUGUGGAAGAAUCAGAAGUAGACACUUUGGUAGUUUUGGCGUUGUGGGUAGGUGCUAAGUUCUGUUAGAAAAAGAAAAAAGCACCCGUUCAAUAAAAAUUCUGCUGUCUCGGCGUCUGUUUUCAGGCCCAAAUCCUGGCUGAGCUUUCUCCACCGCUCGAAGGAUGACCCGAUGUUUAUUUGAGUUAGAUUCCUCGCUCGGUCACAUUUCCUCUUCGACUCUGCCCUUUCUUCUGUCGGCUUGCGCUUUUGGCAGUGGGGCAAGCAGAAGUGGUUUUUUUUUCAUCCUUCUUCAUCACAGCUCCUAUUGCUAAGUUGCUACGCUACUUUUAGCCGCUCAGAGCUCCAAGGAGGGGAUGAGUCGGAACUAUGGGAGAGGGGUGUGUCAUACAGCGAGGUUAUUGGAUGGAUAGGCGGAGCAGGAGGUUGACCAAUGAGAGCUGUCUCGGACGCAAUAUUUUUUUUUCGUAGGAUAGGAGGGGAAUGUCCCGCCUCCUUCGCCUAUGAUUGGCUAGGUCCCGCCUCCUUCGCUUCUGAUUGGCUAGAAAAGCUGGGCUCCGAUUGGUUAUUCCUUAUGGCUGUGAAAUGUCAGCAUGCGCACAAUCCGAGCAUGGGCUGUCAGCUCUGUACAUCGAACAGAAUAUUAUCAUACUUCUGAAUCCCCUAACCCUAACCUCGACAGACGAUAAUGUUUCACAGCCAUAAGCAAUAACCAAUUGAAGCCCAGCACUUCUAGCCAAUCAGAGGCGAAGGAGACGGGCCCUUGCCCUACCAUCCUGCGAAAAAAAAUCACGUUCGGGACAGAUGACUCCCAUUGGUCAAUGUUUUUGCAGCCUUGCACCUGCUAUUUCCAUUCUUUUUUCUCUUCACUUUGUGGAGAUCGCACUACAGGACCAUGAUCGCCAUAGAAACGAGGUUCAUAAUAAUUACCAAUCUCUCCAACCGUCACCCAUGCCUUGAAUAAGAAUAUAUUGAGUCUUAAGUUUAGGCUGGGCCCAUUUCGUGUAGCUUGUGCUUACAGCAGCGGGUAGGACAGCCUUAAGGGUGCAGAGCUGACAUGUUGAGAGAUAAGUACGCCUGCUGACAGUUUGUCAGAAAAGGUAAAAAUUCAGGAAAUAGACGGCUUCGAUCGAGCUAUGCAGCUCCGCUUAGAGUGUUCAGAUACUAAAAAAUAGACUUGAGCAAAGAGCUGAUAAUCCUGUGGGAGCCGGCCCGAGGGCAGACUUUGUGCUGUGGUUUGAGACACAGCAGUUAGUGUAUUUUAUUGGGUUUACUGUGCCAUGGAAGGACACAGCAGAUGAAGCUUGUAAAAAGAGAAACGGUCAGGUACGCUGAGUUGGCAGAAGCAACGGAGCAGGAAGCAGCUUUGGACAUCUAAGUGUCCCCUGUGAAAUUUUUUGGUGCAGGGGACAUUAUUGAGUGUGCUAACUCUUCUGGGGAAAUUGGCAGUUAGAGGAGUAAAGGGCGCUGACAUUAGAGGUGCCUGUGUGAGCCAGUUAAUGGCUUUUUGGGAAGAAAAAAGCUUCAAGAGGACACAGUCUUGCCAGUAUUAGAGCUAGUGUUGGAUGCUACAUGAUGUAUACAGACUACAUACAGUGAUAAAUGUUGCAUAAAUAGAUGAGACGCCUACAUUAAGAAAUAUCAAUGAUACUGAAGCAGGUACUCUUUUACUUAUGCUGCAGGACAAGGGAGUUCAGACAAUCAGUGUCAAAUAACUCACUAUGCCCAUCUGCAAUUAUUAUGCAAUUAGGCUCUUAGCUUAAGGUUGGAUAAACUAGGCCAGAAAGCAGCUGAUAGCAGUAUUAAUCUUAUUAAUGGAAAUUUUGAGCAUAACACUUUGUAAACAACCUUUUCUCUGUGAUGAAGGCUGGAGGAUGACAAGCUAAAAACACAUCUUUCAUAAUUAAAACUCUGGUGAACUUGCUAGCUCUAAUUCUGUAGUGGACUGUUUUUUUUUCCACUUCUACUUUAAAGAGUCAGUGAAACACAUUAGGUUUGUGUCAGUUUUGGUGCCCUCUGUGGACAAAGUGGUUUUUGCUUAGAUAGUGUCUUCUUAAAAAUCUCAUCCUAAUGUGUUUUAACACGUCGUCAUCUCUAUUGUGCAGGUAUGAGUCUUGUCUAAUGCCAGCUGAGAAUAAACCUCUGGAGAUGUCGGUGCUGAAGAAAGUCAAAGAGCUGCUGGCGGAGGUGGAUGCAAGAACAGCAGCUAAACACAUCACCAUGGUGGACUGCAGGGUACGUACAAACACUCCAACACACACUCACAAACCAUUCAGUUACCCUUAGGGGUUCUAAGUAGGGACUCAAACGGCACAUUUACGUCUAAUCUUUGUUUUUAAUUCUUUUACAGGUGGCAAGAAUAUUAGGAGUGACCCCAGAGAUGCAAAGGAUGAUGGGAGUGUCCUCAGGGUUGGAGUUGCUGACAUUACCGCAUGGACACCAGCUAAGACUUGACCUACUGGAGAGGUACAAAUAUGGAUUUCUUUCUUUGUCUGCCUUUGUACUUUAUUCACUUCAUGAAUUCAUUGAUUGAUUUCUCUCUCUCUCUCUCUCUCUCUCUCUCUCUCUCUCUCUCUCUCUCUCGUCCCUCUUCUUCGCUCUUUUGGUCUUAACCACCCUGAGACUUUCAUCCUUUCUUUACCGUCUCAUAAAGAAUUUAUUAAAACUAAAUAGGAUUAAAAAAAAGCAUCAGCCAAAUUAUGCUCGUCAUAUAACCAUCACAAUCUCGAGGCUGCGUCCCUGUUAACUGCAUAGAUGAGUUUGGAUUAAAUAGUGCUGUAUCAUCCCUUAGAUUCUACACCAUGUCAAUCAUGAUGGCUGUGGACCUGCUGGGCUGCACAGGGAGCACAGAGGAGAGGGCGGCUCUGCUUCACAAAACCAUUCAGCUGGCUGCUGAGUUGAAGAGCAGCCUGGGGAACAUGUUUGGAUUUGCUGCAGUGAUGAGAGCCCUGGAGCUGCCACAGGUAUAAGAAAUGAAAGCAAUCCUCACAAGAACAAAAACUUUUAUGUUUUUUUUAAAUUCUUUUAAACAAACUGAUUUUUGUCACUUUUAAUCUUAGAUCUCCCGCUUGGAGCAGACGUGGGUGACAUUACGUCAGAGACACACAGAGGGCGCUAUUCUAUACGAGAAGAAACUCAAACCUUUUAUGAAGAACAUGAACGAUGGUAAAGGUGAGAUCCGAGUUCAAAUGGCAGGUGCUGGUUUGCAUGUGUGGUUAAAAACGUGCCAGUCUAUGUAACUAUGAAACCUCCCUUCCCUCUCCAGAGUCCAGCGCCCUGUCCAACACCUCAUUUCCUCACAUCAUUCCCGUCCUGUCUUUGCUGGAACGGGGUAUGGCUCUCGGGGAAACACUCGAGCCCUGGGAGAGCGCAGAGGUGGGAGUAGAUGUGGUCAUGUUCCACCUAGAGGCGGCUCGGACCAUCGCACAUCACGGGGGGAUUUAUAGAAAUAACGUUGAGACCAAACUGCAGGGUAAGUUCGAGGAGAAUCUUUGGAAACAUCAUCUGAAGAAGAACCAUGCUCAUGGUGUUAUUAUUAUUGUUGGCACUGUAGGUCUGUUGAGAGGUCGUUUUUGAGUCUUUAAAGUGAAAUGUGCCCCUCAAAAGAGCAGCAGUGUCCUUAGUUUCCAUCACUGCAGCGACAGAAUGAUUACGAUCAAAACAGCACACAGUUGAAAAUAAAAUAAAAGGUUGUUUUCUGAGCUUAAAUGCAUUAGUAUUAACGCACCGACUUGUUUAUGUAGUUUGUAUGGGUGUGAUCACAAUAUCAGUAACGUAAUGUUAUGUAAUGAUUAUGUGCAAGUGCGUGUGCUUACUGUUAACUGCAUUGAUCUCUAACACCUCCCCAGAGGUUUCCAGUUUGAGGUCAUUACUGCUUAUUGAACAGCGUGUCAAUAUCUAUCAGCUCACGUCUCUGUUUUCUCUUAUAUCUCAUCAUCGAUCAGCGUGACCUGCGCCGUCUGCUACUUUCUACAGCUCUAUGAGUCAAAGUUAAAACAUGAAACACUUGUUAAAAUUGGUUUAACUCAAGGAUUUUAUUAUGAAAGCUGUCUUUAGAUGAUCUCCUGGUUCAGUUCGACUGGUUUUGAUGGAUCUCUGGAGGUAGUACUCGCUUGAAAAACAGCAUAGCACACAAAGCUCAUCUGAUUGAUGAGGUUUGGACAUUGUUCGUACCUCACAAGUUAACUUUGAAAGCUUUUACCCUUGUCUCUUUGUAAAAUGAGUUAAUUAUAGUGCAACUGACACUGAGAUUAACUUAAUAUCCAUUCAAAAAUAGCCUGACUGUGGCUUAAUUUGCUCGCUUUUGCCUCUUUUUAGAAAUUUUAGUUUUGUUUUUCUUUUAAUCACAGUUAGUUUAAAAUAUAUACAUAAGGUAUCUAACGUGCUACAUAAAUGAAAACUGAAAUAAAAUUUUAAUUUUCUAAAUAUUAAUAAAGCUAAAACAUGUUCCAAAACAAAUAUGAGCCUCUGAUUAGAGAGUCGUGUGUUAAAUAGUUGAUUCUGUUGGUUUGAAUCAUCUGUAUUUCAGUGUCAGUUUUCUUUGGUCUUGUUUUCAAUCAAUUAUAGCGACUUUUCAACCACAAAAGUAAAACCCUCCCCUCAUUUCCCCUCUCCAGGAUUCCAGGAGCGAGCAGAAAUACACGAGAUCUUCCAGACGGAGUUUCAGAUGCGUCUCCUGUGGGGCAGCCGGGGCUCAGAAGGCAGCCAAUCGGAGCGCUACGAGAAGUUCGAUAAGGUCCUCACUGCCCUGUCACAUAAGCUAGAGCCUCCUGUGCGCCACAGUGAGCUAUAGCACCUGCUGGGACAUGCCCAUAUCCUGCACUCCCCACUUGUGGUAUGGUCUGAUUUUGUGAAGGAUGUUGUGGAGAAGUCCAAACUAGGAACACUGGGAAUAAUGGGAGGAAAAAGAAGAAGAAGAGGCAGCUAACAGAGCAAUAGGACAACAAAGAAGAGGGUCUCAAUUAGAGCACAUGUUGCAUUCAGUGUGGACUCUCCUGCUCCUCCAUGUGGACUUCCUCACUCAGCGCUUAAAUAUUUAAAUGAGACAAGCUAAGGAUAAAAUAAGAGGACGGGAGAGAUGGAUGACCAGCUUCCUCUGCUUGGUACAAACUAACAUGUGUACGGCUUAUCCUGAGGGCCAAAUAGAGCUGCAGAGUUUGGCUUUGCACCAAUAAAACACAAGACACUCUCUUGUUGCAAACAACUGCUGUCACACACUGUAGCAGAAAUAAUAACAAUAACCUACAUCGCUCAUACUUCAACGUUUUGUCGGUGUGAAUGAAUGUGUGUGUGCGUGCGUUUACAUUCCCUCAUUAUUGUAUGUAAUUAACGUUUCAUGAUUAUUUAUUUCUUUCGGUCUCAGUGAUUCAGAGAAUAUCUAACCAUCACGGACAUCGCUUCGCCAAACUCCAGAGGAUGUGUCAGUGCUCAUUCCGUGGAAGCCAUGUUCUUAAAAGCUCAUUAAAUAUGCAUCAAGCAGUCCCAUUGAAUCCCAUUAAAAAUGUAUCAGGCAUGCAUUAAUAAGUGUAUCAGAAAUGAAACAUUUGCCAUACUAACGCAGCAAAUUAAAUAUAAGGGUUUUGUACGUCGUUAAAAAACAUGAAGACGAUAAAGAAAUCCUCUCUGGUGUUGAUGUUUGACUAAUACAUUUGAUAUUGUGUGUCUUGUACGCUAAAUUUAGCUGAGAGCACUAUGACUUCAAGCAGGAUGUGUAUUUUUAAAUCAAGUUAAAGCAAUGUUUCACUCAGUACAGAAACAUAAACAUGCUGUAGUGCGACUACAGCUUUGAUAGUAACUUUGCAUUACUAAUGAAGUGGUUAAUGCAUGCAGUUCUAAUUGUCAUACCCUGGUGAAAUGUUGCCUUAACCUCGUUUAAAUACUAUAUAUCACUUUAUACAGAUACAGUCAUGUCUGUAGUCUUGAAUAAUGCUGUCUGUGUACCCUUGACCAUAUAUAGAAAUGGAUGACAUAUCUACACCUCCUUCUACUGUACAAAAGUGAUGCCAAAAUAUCCCUGUGACAGGCACUGCCAAAAUGUGAUGUGGGAGUCUGAGUCUGUGCCCCUUCCAUUAAAGAAUACACUUUUAUAAAUGACCGAUAAAACAGCAGAAAUCCCUCAGGUUCGCACAGUCAGUUACACCGAUGUGAAGUGGCUCUUUAGUUUUCUCCAGUUCCUUCCUCUCCUCUGUGCUUAUCAACUUUAAAAAGUUAAAUUAAAAAAGUGAAGCACUCUGCCCAAUUUCAACUGUCAGAUCAAUCAAUCUGGGGAGAAAUUUCCUAGACAUGUAAUCAAGUGCUAUAUGUUUUGGUCUCACUUUUGAGGGGCUGUCACACUGUCCAUCUUUUUUUCAUCAAAUAAUCUUCCAUCUUUCAAUUUAUAUUGUUAAUCAAAUAAUGAUGUAUGCAGAUGAUACAGCCAUGUCUGUGGUUAACUUGAAUGAUACUGAACACAGAGAAAUCUGUAUUUUUUGACUUCAUCAAAUGAAAACGAGAAGUUCCCAAACUGAGCCAAAUAAGGAGAUGUUGAUCACAUUCCUGCUGUAGAGAAUGUCUUUCGGUUGUGUGUCAUUAUUAUUAUUAUUAUUAUAACUAUAAUUUUUAAUCUUGCGUUGCAGCAAUAGAGCUGUUGCUAUGGGAUUACAUUUAGAUGGACUGAUCCAUGUACAAUCUUUGCUGUAUUUGCAGCAUGUGGACCUGAGAGGGCUGGAGCCAACUCUCAGAGAUAUGCAAUCAUCGCAACCAAGGGCUGAGACCCCUGAGGAACAAAAACCCCAUUUAGGCUAUUACAGAGUUUCAGCGUUUUCCCUGUCCAUCACCUUAAUUUGAAAAACUCAAUCCCAUGUUCUUCCUAAACCUAUCCAAAUAACAUAAUCUAAAUAUGAAUGAAAGUCAUUUUAGAUAUCAAUCAAACAGAAAUAGUUCCAAGAUACCUUAGCGUAGUGUAACAGAGAUCCUUAAAUGGACGCCUGGUUGUCCUCUUUCUAACUCAGACCACAUCCAGAGUCAGCUGUACAUAUGAUGAGUGCCAGUUCCCACUGUUAAUCCAGCAGGGGGCGAUCUUUAGUCAGCAAAAAACACUGAAUCAUUAAUUGUAAUACAAUUUAACAGGAAGGCUUACACACAGGGACAAUAAUCAUGAUAAUUGUGUGUUUUGAGACCAAUGUUUGAUAUCGUGUUAUCAUAAAUGAAACCUACUGGUUUAGGCUUUGUAUCUGAUGACACUGAAGGUGAAAAAGUGACUGAUGAUGAUGAUGAUGAUGAAAUAAUGUGAUGUUUUGAUUUGUCCUCUGCUGAAUGCUGUACAGGAAUGCUCUGACCAUGUGUGGACUCUCCUGUUGUUACAAACGGGACUGUAUGAGAUAAAGUUGAAAAGCAAAAAGACAAAAUGUUUUAGGACUGAUCUCAUGUUUUUUUUUACGUACUGUACAUAGGAAAUUCACCUUUUUUCAAAUAAAAUGAUUGCUUGUGUCAAAGAUUUUGAGUUUGUCUAAUAUUAAAAAAACACAUGUAUGUCACUGAACACAAUACCUAGUUUCUCUUCAAUGAUCACAUUCAGUUGAGAUCAUGUCUGGUCAUUGUAGAGUUACCCGUUUUAGAAAUGUCCUCCACAACUAACCUGUGCGUGGCAUAAACCUCAGCUGAAAACAACUCUCUGAACUGCGCUGUUGAACUGGAUGUUGGGGUUCUUCAUUAAAUCAAACAUGGACUCUAUUUAGAGUCACGUACUUAAUAUAAAGAACUUAUCGUAUAUGUGGCUAAAGUUAGUCCAAAAUAAAGGAAAUAACGCAAGAAGGAGAAAAACUCUUAUUUGAAUUAAUUCAUUCAGAAAUAAUCUCAUAAACUAUUUAAUGCCUUCACCUCUGGUCCCCACUUCACCCUCAUCCAUGACAAAUCCUUUCAUUUCAGUCUUCUGGUACCCCCAUUUGAUGACUCACUCACUUAAAGCCACAGUGAGCAUUUUGCAGUUGGUUAUGAAAUAGUCUGAAAUUGGUAGUGACGCCUCUUCAUGACCCAAAGACUGAAUGUGAAUGCCUCAGGGUAGAUAAUGUCAUUCAGAGCAUGGGAAAAAUUCAUGAUGAGCGAUUCACAUGCUGGUUUAAAGAAAGGUGGAAAAUUUGGAAAUCAUGCUCUCCUUUAAAGAGGGGAGGGACCACAAAGCUUGUCAUCAUCGCACAGCCCAAAAGCCAGCAUCUCUAAUGGAAUGGGCACAAAUCACUGUCCAUGAUAUAUGCAUUAUACAGUGUGUGACCUCAAACUGUUGAACAUCUAAACCCAACAUCAGGCAAGAACAGGACAACAUUUAACCGUCAAAUCUCCAGACACCAGUCUCUUAGGUUUACAAACAUUUACAGUGUUUUUAUCAGAGGAGGUGACACAACACAGUAGUUAACACAUCCAUGUCCUACCUGUUUAGAAAUUGAUUAUUGAGAUCAAACUAAAAAGAGGAUCAAAUGUUUCUGUUUCAACAUUUGAUGUGUUGUCUUUAAACUAUUUACAAUCAAAUUUAUGCAUUACAUGAUUUUCAAACUGUUUCUAUCAAGAUUUCACACAGUGUCCCAAAUCUUCUAGAACUGGGUUUGUAGUUCAUACCGUAGAAAAUUAACAAUAAUAAAUGAAAAUAAGCAAAAAGAAAAUAAAGGAUUAAAAUAAACAUCACUAGACUUCUCUUUUGUGCUGUUUAAACUCAUUAGAUAACUGGUAAAGGGUCAUCCUGCAGUCCACUUCUUGCAAUGCACACCCACAGCCAGUAGGUGACACCAUUUCACUGUCAAACCCAAGCUGGCCCUCAUCUUUUAUACAGUUCACAGUUAGUCCUCAGCUGCAGAGAUAAACAUCCUGGUUCUUGAUCCAGUUUAGGAGGCUGACAGUGCACUCCUUCUUGAGUUUGAACGCUCACUCUGCGGGAGGACAACAUGUCAUUUUUUAAUGCACUUAUUUCUGAGCUCCUGGACAGUUUGGCUACUUCAUAAAUGCGACCAGUGUUAAUAAUGCAUUUCAAUCUGAUCUGUAUUUUGUGUUUAUGAGAAAAUGCACUAUAUAAAGUGUACUGGGCAUGCGUGUUUUGCGAAGCCUCACACAUUUUUUUACAGACAGACCCAUGGCGAUGGCAGUGGGAGGGAGACAAAGACAGAUGGAGUGUGUGUGUGUUUAUAUGUUUGUGUGUGGGAGUGUGCGCAUCUAUGCAUUUGUGGGCUAGUGCAUGUAUGUGUGUAUGUGUGUGUUUUUGAAUCAGUGUGUGAUUUAGAAACAUCAGUGUGUUUUCUGUGCACCACGACACAGAUGUUGCAGAAAUACCUGCUCGUCUCAUGAAGGACGCAGCAGUGCGGCCUGGCAGCUGUUGUACAAAAUGAGGGGUGUCCAGUUUAUUUCAGGUGAGAAUUUUGUUUCGAGAAAAAUAGAGAGAAGAAGAAUUACUGCGUUUUUGAUCGAAAUAAGUGGGAUUCAGAACGGAAAAGAGCAAAACAAAACAGAAACUAAUGAGAUGAUAGGAUGUUUUCUAAUCAGCUUCAAUAGAAAAUGAUCAUUCCCUGCACUCUUUGUCUCCCCUUCCCAUACAGUUCCAUAGGCGUAACAUGUUAUGGGUGUAAUCUCUAAGAGGAUUCUCUCUGCUUGGUAUCAUGGUACAUGUUAAUUUCACCUCUUUAUGUUCCUUAUUGAAACAGACCCAAGAUCUCCCAGGCCAGCCAGCCAGCCAACCAGCCCGCCAAGCGUCAUCAAUUCACCCCUAAUCUCUCCCCCCAGUCCUUUUUACAGCUAAUCCAUUGUGUUGGUCAUUGUCAUCUGAUCAUGUGUGACCCCGGCUGCUUUAUAGCUGGUGCCUGGCAGCGUAGCAUUGACUUUUGACACCCAUCUAUGGGCAGAUAUCAGGGGGGAAGGGGGCAAUCAAACCUGCCUCCAAGUUUCUUCUAUCCAUAUAUUUUUAUCCAUAUUUUUUCAAGUAGAGUCACUUAUCAAACACCAAACUUCUGAUAUGAGUAGUUGUGAAAAUAGGAGGAUAUUAAGAGAAGAAAACAGGUGUGUAUUUGUAUUUGUCACACCAAAGUUUUCCUUUACUUCUGCUCAAAAUAAAAAAAAAGUUGAAUCUCAUGGAUCAGGUAUUAUCAUGUUUUAGAGUCAGGUGGGAAAUGGUCAUGUCACGACAGUAUUCCCAAUGUGCAAUAGGAGCUAACUCUUUAUAAGGAUUUCCUAAUAGACACACAUGUACCCAUAUUAAUAUAUCUGGGAAGAGCCUCAAUGAAUGACUAAAUUUUGACAUUUAUGCUUGUAUAAUUAAAAAACAUCUUGUCACAUUUAAGUAUUAAAACUAUGUCUGUACACUUGAAUAAACCAUAUUAAGGUUAGUUUUAUGUUUACUGCUUCAAACAUUUAGAGACCACAAGAAAUUCAUCAAAAGAGGCGAGGCGUACCGAGCACAGCUUUACAUGAACCUCAACCCAGCUUAGCAAACAUGACGUGACACCCGGUGAUGGUGUGAUCAGUCCUAGAUCACUCAUGAAACGUACAGCCAUAACAAUCCCACCCAUACCCCCGCCUUCAGCCCCCUCAACCUCCCUCUGAGCUCGCCCCAGGACUGUUUUACGAUACUCUCUAUACCCCAAACACAAACGUCUUCAUCAAAACUUUCACUGCAGCCUCCACCAUCAGAGGACUCUUUCGUUUUCCCGCCUCACUUGUCCUCACCCACGCCUCAUCCCUCCCCUCCCUCGCCCCCGCCAGGCCCCUGGUCGAUCCGUCUAUCUGCCCCUGCACUGACUCCUCAUUAACACAUGAAUGAAGGCAGGGAAGGGCCCGCUAAGGCUUGGACGCCAACAGAAGGCUGUGGAUUUGCAAUUCAAACCUCUGACCGACCCCCUCUUACCCCCACUGCACCCUCCCAGCCCCUGUGUACUGGGACUAGAACUGUCACCAGUAUGAUUGAGGAUGUAUAUAAGGAGGGAGAGAGGGAUCAAGAGACAGAUGUGGAUUCACACACACAUGCCACGCACACUCUUAUAUUGACAUGCACAGUGCACAUACAUGCAAGCAUGCAUAUACAGGGUAUGAAAGCAAGAGAAAGAGUCUUAUAUACUCAAAUGACUUCCACUAUGGUGACUUACUGGAAUAAUAUAAACCAAGUCUAUGGAAUUACAAGUUUAUAAAUAAGGGGAAACCUUGAAAGAAUUUAAGUGUUAAACUUGAAAAUGUAUACCUUAUAAAAUGCUCAUCCUAAAAUGUUUAAGAAGUUUAUAAAGGCACAGCAAUCAUCCAAGCUUAAAUAACAAGUUCAAGUCCAUUUAAAUGGCAAGUCCAGUCUAAAAUAAACAACAUAUGCUCUCCUC